AUGUCGAACGUCUAUGAAGAGAGAGCCACAAUGAUAGCCGCAGGGGAAUUGCAGUCGUUUGGCCCGUUUGGCCGUGAGCACUGCAAGAACCACCCAAACGCUGUGAACCUGCAGCUCCGGCAGCUGCAGCCAGCCUCUGAGCUCUGGUCCUCAGAUGGAGCAGCUGGUCUGGUGGGCUCCCUCCAGGAGGUCACUCUACAGGAGAAGAAGAGGGUAAGACUGGGGGGAAACUCUUGGUCAUCUUCUUAUCUCACAUGUACAGGGUGCUACUGAUAAAUAUGUAUAGCUAUAUCUGGGAUAAAUAACCAGUUUGCCAGAUAGCUUCCUUGCUUUGGUUCAAAUAAGAUCUCCUUACUCGGCUUAUGGUUUCAGCUGCAUACUUUUCUUUAAAGCGCCGUCUGUUGUGUGGUGGUUCUGUUUGAUACAUAAGCCAAGUAAGGAGAUUUUUUUUCACCAUUGUGUGUCUGUUUGCAGGAAUGCUGGUUGCUGAGAAAGGGUUCCAGCGUGGACAGUGAUGAGAUGGAGUAUGAUGAGGAGCUCUAUGCAGCAGGAAACAUGGUCAUAUGGAGCAAAGGGAGCAAGAGUCAAGCCUCCCAUGUCUACAAAGCUUUUACCGUGGACAGUCCAGUACAACAGGUAAUCACAACAUCAAACUAAACAUGUCAUAUUAAACAUACAUACCUAUACUCUGUGUGUACAUUAUAUGGCAUGUAUGUUGUCAUCGUCAACAUUAUGAUAUUAGACAGCUUAUCAAGCAUUUCAAUAAUUCUUUUUUUCAGGAUGUAUAUCCAGUAAUAUCUCUCUACAUCCCUUUUCAGGCAUUAUGGUGUAACUUUGGUAUUCCACAAAAGAAGAAAGAUGGUAAGUAGGCCGAUGCCACAUCCUCAUCGUCACAAUUUAUCUUCAUUAAAUUCUAUAGCUCAUUGAUGUGUAUAUAUAUUUUUUAAUGUUUUAUCUCAGUAAUGUUGCGAAGAUGUUCAUUUGCUCUAUUGUAUUCCAGAGCAGGAGAUUAUGGAGCAGACAGUGUGUAUUGUCCAGAGCAGCUGUGUGAAUGUGCACAGUGUGACAGGGAAGGACUUUAUCUCCCCUCUACCCUUUCAGGUGAGUUCCUCAUCACUGAUUGAUAUGCUGUUACAUUGUCUAAAAUGUGUGGUAUCAUCGCUGGAUGGUCUGUCAUUUGACAUUUCAUGGUGUUCAUUACGUGUUGAAUUUGGUGAAGUACUACUUGUGAUGACGUCUUGAAAUGUGAUUUACUAUGAACAUUUGUUAGAUAAAUCCUUAUUUGUACAUUAUCUAAAAUAUGUCUCCCAGUUCUGGCUGUCUAAUUUCCUAAUUAGAAUCCCUUAAGGAGAACUAGCAGAUAUGGACAGUAAUUAUGGUUGUUUUACAGUUAUUGAUGUUCCCCAGGACCAGUCCAUUGUCUUCUUAACCAAUGGUAAUGGAUGAUUUGGCACACUGACAGCUGACAAGAGGCUUCAGAUUACAAUGAAAACACCAUCAUGCAAUUAACUGCCUCUGCAUGUAUGUGUGAUUCUUUUUCACAUCGAAAUCCACUUGACAUUAUUGAAUUUGGUUUUGUUUUCCUGGUGAGUUGCGGGAAAAACACUGCGUAAGCCUAGGCCUACUUUGUGACAUGCAGGUUAAAUUACGUUGCUUUCUUGGGAGCUAAUUUAGCUGACGUUGAUUGGGUCCACAUUUACAGACCAGAUUUGUGUUGGUGGAUGCAUUUCUUUUAAAUACAUUUUUUUAACCAGUUCAGUUGUAGUUGAUAAUACAUGACUCAUGAGCCGCCGUCAGACUCCAGCAUUAUUCUACUGUAAAUAGGGACAUGUCUUGAUUCCCACCAGAGAUACUAUGAAAAUGCAAACUGCCUGUUUAUUUAGUGAGCCAUUCAAGUGAGUCAUGAUUCACAAGGUUAUCAAAUUGUUCUCCAACAUCACCUUGAAUUGGAUUUCAUGAAAUUAAGUACUGUGACUCUCGCCUUUUACAGGUCUCUAAUCUGUGGCCUACUAAGUUUGGUCUGCUGUUGGAACGCAAAAACCCUGCACCCGAUGCUCCUCUGAGUCCUCCCAGGUACACAGCAGAAACCUGUAAAACACACAUCCUGCUGUUUCUGAUAUAUUUUGGUUCAUGCUAGUGUGUCAGGAGAGUUUGUUUUGAACAUACCACUGUUUGUUUAUCUGUUCUCAGGGAACCUCUCCCAACAGUAUUCAGCAUGCUGCACCCUCUGGAUGAGAUUGCCCCAGUGGUGUGCAGGCCUACAGGUGAGACUCUCAACAGAAACACGCAUACAUAGAAAUUGUCACUAUUUGUUUCACAUUGUGUUUACAAAGAGCAUGGCGGAAAGCACCAUACAAAUAAACUAUAAUGGAUGUUGAAACCUGAAUGUUGGAGCCAGCGUAUUGUUGGCUCUCUUGCACUCCUUGGCUGCCCUGUUAGCUGGCUACCGGUACCUUAAUUGCUGGCCCCAUUAUGGCUUGUUAAUUGCUCAUCUCCUGUGUCUCUGGCAGGUCUGUUCGAGGCUGCACGUGUACAGUACGUCUCUGACAGCACCAUGAAAAUCGUCUUCUCCAACUGUGAGCCCUCCAUAGUCAUGACAUACGACACCGUGCAGUGCAUACACUCUGUGUGGGCGCUGCGGAAAGUCACUCCAGAUGUAAGAUAACAUGCAAGAAAAACACUGUUAUUACUGUUCCAUUACUGCUACCUCUAUGAUUCUUCAGUGGUAGAAAAUGUAAUGUUCAUGUAUCAAUGGAAUUGGAAAAUAAUUCUCAUCGUAGCAUGAGUGAUGACUCAAAGGCCUAUCUACGACCCCUAAGAGUGGAUUUAAAUUGGUCCGACUUGUGCCAGGGAUAAUUACAAAAUGACACACUGUUUCCAAAUGCUAAUGUUCUAGUGUUUGUGGCACAAAUCCCAUUCGGGUCAUGGUACCAAUAUUAUAAUUUCCAAAUAAUUGAUUGUGAAGCUCAACAAAGUCACUUGUAGAUGAUUUGAACAUGGUUCACAAAAAAUGCUAAUAUUGGUACCAUGACUUCAGUGGGAUUUGUGCCACAUGCUAAAACGUUAGCAUGUGGAAACUGUGCCAGGUAAACUACACAAAAGCAUGGAUUGCUUGUCCAUAGACUGCUUACAGGGUAAGGAAACCAGUAUGUCAUUUUGUAAAUUGUGUGAGGUAGCACCAUUGCUUAUAUGUGAAUUAGAAUUUGGAGCAUGUUUGACACGUGUUGGAAGCCAGGAAAAUCUAAUGUUGGUUUGGUCUCCUUUGACAAAUGUAUUGAAGUAUUUUUACUUAAGUACUUUACACCACUGCCACAUGGACAGAAAGCGGAUGCAGUGCUGAAUUUGAUGAAAUGCAGGCGAUAUCAUCAUUUGAUUUCACUGAAUCAUUUUGUCGGCAACGUGUCACACUUUUUACUCACUCUGACUGGGACUGUAUCACACUUCCUACUGGAAUGUAUUUCUCAACACCAGUAGGCCUAGAUCUUAUGAGACAAAUGUUUAACAUUAUUAGAAAGACCAAGGUCUUUGGUUGAAAUAUGUUCCCUUUUAUCCUUAUAGCUUAUUCCAAAAUGGAGUUAUUACCUAUCAAACACACUGCCCACUUGAAAUGAAGAAAUGAAUGUUGCCUACAGAAAUGGCCUUAGAAAUAGCCAGGCUAUUGAUUUUGAUUGGACAGUAUUCCUUACAAAAUUUAAUAGUUUAUACACUCUAGAUUGGUAAUAGACUAAGAGCUGACACACUAAGAGUUUUCUGGCCCAGAGUACUUAGCACCUCUGAACAUAAUUAGCAAACCAAGUGUGCACCGAUUUUCACAUUUAGAAUCAAGUGGAAAAUGUUGGCAGUCAGACGUCUACAGCGGGAGGUCGGCAGACGAAUACUGCCCAGUUAUUAGAGCAUGUUGUUGGAAGACCAGCAAAAGUAAAAAUUUGAAGAUUGGGACACUCAAGUGAUACUCCAUGAUUAGACUAUCAUAGAUUGAUUUAAGGUGAGCAUUUUUGUUCAAUAAAUGACUUGCGUGUAUACAUGGUUUUGUUUAGGCAUUUUAGUUAGUUUUGACAAUGUGAAACCAACUGGACCAAAUGGGGGCAAAAAAGACAAUGUAACAAAUAAUCUAACCCUGAUCCGAACUAUAGCAACCAAACUGUGAAAACGGCACCCGGACCCUGCCCAUUUUUGUUUGCGCACCAUCGGGACCACAGACUGCACUAAAUUGCUAGUUUGGUCAUGGGGUGGAGGCUUUCUGAUGAGUUGGGUCUGGGGGGGUUGGAACAGAAUCUGUUGGUUGUAUAUCAUUUUAGUUUAACCUUUAACUCUGUCCCACAGGAGCAGUCCACAGUGCUGAAGUGUCCGGAGCAGGUAGCCACGCCCCAAGGCCUGAUGCCGCCCAGCUUUCUGACCACACACCUGAGGAACGUCUCCAGGAUGGACUCGCCCGGUUCACCCUUUCAUUGCCACGCCCUGCACAACCAAAACAGGAUGACCUCAUCACCAGGCCUCCACUCACGGACACACUCACCCAGCAUCUCCAGCAUGGCUGCACUCAGGUGAGUUUAUACCAGGUGUCUUCAGUUCUGGUCCUGGAGCGCUGCAGAGUGCAGGCUUUGAGUCAAAUACCCAAAUAGGAUGUAAAUACCAUAUACUAUAAAUUGGAUCUCUGCUGUCCCACAGGAUUAUACACAGUUUCAGUCAAACAUUCACCCUCAAAAGCUCAUGACUCAUUUACAACAACCACAUCAUGGACCAUAACUAACCACCCUUCUGCGCUCUUUUGACCCAUGUCUGUAGCCGGUCCCACUCCCCUGGCAUGGCGGCACCCUCCUUCUCGGUUGCGGCACGGUUUAACAUGUCGUACCACUCAUCGUCCCCCAGAGGGCACAGCUUCCUGCCCUCGCCCAACAGCACGGCCAACGAGUCUGUGCUGGUCCCGGAGAUGGAGCCCAUAGUGCCUGACCUAUGCAUCGAGCAGCUGUGGAGUGAGACGGCUUCCUCCCACAAGUCAGUGUCUGACAUUCACCGCUGUCUACAGUGGUUGUCAUGAAUCCUGCUCUGUGGUCUAGUUGGUUGAACCACUCCUAGUUUAUAAUUAGGGCUGGGAAUUGCCAGGGACCUCACGAUACGAUAUCACGAUACUUAGGUGCCGAUUCGAUAUGUAUUGCGAUUCUCACUAUUGCAUAUGUAUUGAAAUUUGAUACUGCGAUUUGAUGUUUCAAACAUACAGUGAGGGAAAAAAGUAUUUGAUCCCCUGCUGAUUUUGUACGUUUUUUCCACUGACAAAGAAAUGAUCAGUCUAUAAUUUUAAUGGUAGGUUUAUUUGAACAGUGAGAGACAGAAUAACAACAACAAAAUCCAGAAAAACGCAUGUCAAAAAUGUUAUGAAUUGAUUUGCAUUUUAAUGAGAGAAAUAAGUAUUUGACCCCCUCUCAAUCAGAGAUUUCUGUCUCCCAGGUGUCUUUUAUACAGGUAACGAGCUGAGAUUAGGAGCACACUCUUAAAGGGAGUGCUCCUAAUCUCAGCUUGUUACCUGUAUAAAAGACACCUGUCCACAGAAGCAAUCAAUCAAUCAGAUUCCAAACUCUCCACCAUGGCCAAGAUCAAAGAGCUCUCCAAGGAUGUCAGGGACAAGAUUGUAGACCUACACAAGGCUGGAAUCUGCUACAAGACCAUCGCCAAGCAGCUUGGUGAGAAGGUGACAACAGUUGGUGUGAUUAUUCGCAAAUGGAAGAAACACAAAAUAACUGUCAAUCUCCCUCGGCCUGGGGCUCCAUGCAAGAUCUCACCUCGUGGAGUUGCAAUGAUCAUGAGAACGGUGAGGAAUCAGCCCAGAACUACACGGGAGGAUCUUGUCAAUGAUCUCAAGGCAGCUGGGACCAUAGUCACCAAGAAAACAAUUGGUAACACACUACGCCGUGAAGGACUGAAAUCCUGCAGCGCCCGCAAGGUCCCCCUCCUCAAGAAAGCACAUAUACAGGCCUGUCUGAAGUUUGCCAAUGAACAUCUGAAUGAUUCAGAGGAGAACUGGGUGAAAGUGUUGUGGUCAGAUGAGACCAAAAUGGAGCUCUUUGGCAUUAACUCAACUCGCCGUGUUUGGAGGAGGAGGAAUGCUGCCUAUGACCCCAAUAACACCCUCCCCAACGUCAAACAUGGAGGUGGAAACAUUAUGCUUUGGGAGUGUUUUUCUGCUAAGGGGACAGGACAACUUCACCGCAUCAAAGGGACGAUGGACGGGGCCAUGUACCGUCAAAUCUUGGGUGAGAACCUCCUUCCCUCAGCCAGGGCAUUAAUAAUGGGUCGUGGAUGGGUAUUCCAGCAUGACAAUGACCCAAAACACACGACCAAGGCAACAAAGGAGUGGCUCAAGAAGAAGCACAUUAAGGUCCUGAAGUGGCCUAGCCAGUCUCCAGACCUUAAUCCCAUAGAACAUCUGUGGAGGGAGCUGAAGGUUCGAGUUGCCAAACGUCAGCCUCGAAACCUUAAUGACUUGGAGAAGAUCUGCAAAGAGGAGUGGGACAAAAUCCCUCCUGAGAUGUGUGCAAACCUGGUGGCCAACUACAAGAAACGUCUGACCUCUGUGAUUGCCAACAAGGGUUUUGCCAACAAGGGUUUUGCCACCAAGUACUAAGUCAUGUUUUGCUGAGGGGUCAAAUACUUAUUUCCCUCAUUAAAAUGCAAAUCAAUUUAUAAAAUUUUUGACAUGCGUUUUUCUGGAUUUUGUUGUUGUUAUUCUGUCUCUCACUGUUCAAAUAAACCUACCAUUAAAAUUAUAGACUGAUCAUGUCUUUGUCAGUGGGCAAACGCACAAAAUCAGCAGGGGAUCAAAUACUUUUUUUCCCUCACUGUAUAGGGCAUCAUGUGAAAUAGGUGUGAGAAUGCAAUUAAAUAGAUAUUUAUUGUCCCUUUGGGGCAUUUCUUGUGCUGCAUAAAAAUAAAUGUACAUUCAUAUACACAGCAAAUAUCCAUUGACAAGGGGAAUAUUAAAAAGCAUUGAAGAAGAGCCAUAGAUGUACAAAAUAUACAGUAAAUACACUGCUCAAAAAAAUAAAGGGAACACUUAAACAACACAUUGUAACUCCAAGUCAAUCACACUUCUGUGAAAUCAAACUGUCCACUUAGGAAGCAACACUGAUUGACAAUAAAUGUCACAUGCUGUUGUGCAAAUGGAAUAGACAACAGGUGGAAAUUAUAGACACCCCCAAUGAAGAAGUGGUUCUGCAGGUGGUGACCACAGACCACUUCUCAGUUCCUAUGCUUCCUGGCUGAUGUUUUGGUCACUUUUGAGUGCUGGCGGUGCUUUCACGCUAGUGGUAGCAUGAGACGGAGUCUACAACCCACACAAGUGGCUCAGGUAGUGCAGCUCAUCCAGGAUGGCACAUCAAUGCGAGCUGUGACAAGAAGGUUUGCUGUGUCUCAGCCUAGUGUCCAGAGCAUGGAGGCGCUACCAGGAGACAGGCCAGUACAUAAUAAUAAUAAUAAUAAUAAUAAUAUGCCAUUUAGCAGACGCUUUUAUCCAAAGCGACUUACAUUUUUGUGUAUGGGUGGUCCCGGGGAUCGAACCCACUACCUUGGUGUUACAAGCGCCAUGCUCUACCAGCUGAGCUACAGAGUACAUCAGGAGACAUGGAGGAGGCCGUAGGAGGGCAACAACCCAGCAGCAGGACCGCUACCUCCGCCUUUGUGCAAGGAGGAGCAGGAGGAGCACUGCCAGAGCCCUGCAAAAUGACCUCCAUCAGGCCACAAAUGUGCAUGUGUCUGCUCAAACGGUCAGAAACAGACUCCAUGAGGGUGGUAUGAGGGCCCGACGUCCACAGGUGGGGGUUGGGCUUACAGCCCAACACCGUGCAGGACGUUUGGCAUUUGCCAGAGAACACCAAGAUUGGCAAAUUCGCCACUGGCGCCCUGUGCUCUUCACAGAUGAAAGCAGGUUCACACUGAGCACAUGUGACAGACGUGACAGAGUCUGGAGACGCCGUGGAGAACGUUCUGCUGCCUGCAACAUCCUCCAGCAUGACCGGUUUGGCGGUGGGUCAGUCAUGGUGUGGGGUGGCAGUUCUUUGGGGGGCCGCACAGCCCUCCAUGUGCUCGCCAGAGGUAGCCUGACUGCCAUUAGGUACCGAGAUGAGAUCCUCAGACCCAUUGUGAGACCAUAUGCUGGUGCGGUUGGCCCUGUGUUCCUCCUAAUGCAAGACAAUGCUAGACCUCAUGUGGCUGGAGUGUGUCAGCAGUUCCUGCAAGAGGAAGGCAUUGAUGCUAUGGACUGGCCCGCCCGUUCCCCAGACCUGAAUCCAAUUGAGCACAUCUGGGACAUCAUGUCUCGCUCCAUCCACCAACGCCACGUUGCACCACAGACUGUCCAGGAGUUGGCGGAUGCUUUAGUCCAGGUCUGGGAGGAGAUCCCUCAGGAGACCAUCCGCCACCUCAUCAGGAGCAUGCCCAGGCGUUGUAGGGAGGUCAUACAGGCACGUUGAGGCCACACACACUAAUGAGCCUCAUUUUGACUUGUUUUAAGGACAUUACAUCAAUGUUGGAUCAGCCUGUAGUGUGGUUUUCCACUUUAAUUUUGAGGGUGACUCCAAAUCCAGACCUCCAUGGGUUGAUACAUUUGAUUUCCAUUGAUAAUUGUUGUGUGAUUUUGUUGUCAGCACAUUCAACUAUGUAAAGAAAAAAGUAUUUAAUAAGAUUAUUUCAUUCAUUCAGAUCUAGGAUGUGUUGUUUAAGUGUUCCCUUAAUUUUUUUGAGCAGUGUAUAUGGCUGUUAUACAGUUCUGGUGUUUAAAGGUGAUGCUGUGUGUCUGUGUGAGAGGUAAACAACACUCUACUUCUGCAGGGAGAUGAGCUGCCAGGCCUCUAAGGUGUUCAUCACCUCUGACCUGUGUGAGAACAAGUACCUGUGCUUCCUCGUGGAGUCCCACCAACAGCUCAGGUCAGGGAACAGCUUUCUGUGUCCUUUCUGUCACUCUCUCUCUUUCUCUGUCUCAGUGAAUCACUCUCACAUGUUGAUUUGUUUAUCUUCAUAGAUGUGUAAAAUUCAUUGAGAGCAACAAUCCUUCUCAGCUUAUCUUUGCAUCUGUUGCCACUAUCCCUGCAAAAGACGCAGCACCAUUGCAGGUAAAGUCAACCUGACUAAUUGCUUUGCGUUUCCCCUAGCGGUGGCAAAGAUUCUGCUAAACAAAAGCAUACUGUACUUUUAUGAUGGUCAAGAUCCUAUCUUAUUGACUGCUUUAUUCUACGUGUGUAAAAUGGUGUGUUGCUGUGUCCAUACAGUGCAUUCGGAAAGUAUUCAGACAUUUACAUUUACAUUUGAGUCAUUUAGCAGACGCUCUUAUCCAGAGCGACUUAGUUAGUGAGUGCAUACAUUUUCAUACUGGCCCCCCGUGGGAAUCGAACCCACAACCCUGGCGUUGCAAGCGCCAUGCUCUACCAACUGAGCUACAGACCCCUUUACUUUUUCCACAUUUUGUUACCUUACAGCCUUACCUUACAGGAAAAAAUAGUUUUUUCCUUUUAUCAAUCUACACACAAUACCCUAUAAUGACAAAGCAAAAACAGGUUUUUAGACAUUCUUGCAAAUGUAUAAAAUAAGAAAAACGGAAAUAUGACAUUUACAUAAGUGUUCAGACCCUUUACUCAGUACUUUGUUGAAGCACCUUUUGGCAGUGAUUACAGCCUCAAGUCUUCUUGGGUAUGACGCUACAAGCUUGGCACACCUGUAUUUGGGGAGUUUUUCCCAUUCUUUGCAGAUCCUCUCCAGCUCUGUCAGGUUGGAUGGGGAGCGUCGCUGCACAGCUAUUUUCAGGUCUCUCCAGAGAUGUUCGAUCGGGUUCAAGUCUGGGCUCUGUGUUGUCUUGGCCGUGUGCUUAGGGUCGUUGUCCUGUUGGAAGGUGAACCUUCGCCCCAGUCUGAGGUGCUGAGCGCUCUGGAGCAGGUUUUAAUCAAGGAUCUCUCUGUACUUUGCUCCGUUCAUCUUUCCCUCGAUCCUGACUAGUCUCCAGUCCCUGCCGCUGAAAAACAUCCCCACAGCAUGAUGCUGCCACCACCUUGCUUCACCGUAUGUAUGGUGCCAGGUUUCCUCCAGACGUGACGCUUGGCAUUCAGGCCAAAGAGUUCAAUCUUGGUUUCAUCAGACCAGAGAAUGUUGUUUCUCAUGGUCUGAGAGUCCUUUAGGUGCCUUUUGGCAAACUCCAAGCAGGCUGUGAUGUGCCUUUUACUGAGCAGUGGCUUCCAUCUGGCCACUCUACCAUAAAGGCCUGAUUUGUGGAGUGCUGCAGAGAUGGUUGUCCUUCUGGAAGGUUCUCCCAUCUCCACAGAGGAACUCUGGAGCUCUGUCAGAGUGACCAUCGGGUUCUUGGUCACCUCCCUGACCAAGGGCGGCCAGCUCUAGGAAGAGUCUUGGUGGUUCCAAACUUCUUCCAUUUAAGAAUGAUGGAGCCCACUGUGUUCUUGGGGACCUUCAAUGCUGCGUACAUUUUUUUGAUACCCUUCCCUAGAUCUGUGCCUUGACACAAUCCUGUCUUGGAGCUCUACGGACAAUUCCUUGUACCUCAUGGCUUGGUUUUUGCUCUGACAUGCACUGUCAACUGUGGGACCUUAUAUAGACAGGUGUGUGCCUUUCCAAAUCAUGUCCAAUCAAUUGAAUUUACCACAGGUGGACCGCAAUCAAAUUGUAGAAACAUCUCAAGGAUGAUCAAUGGAAACAGUAUGCACCUGAGCUCAAUUUAGUCUCAUAGCAAAGGGUCUGAAUACUUAUGUAAAUUAGGUAUUUCAGUUUUUUUAUUUGUAAUACAUUUGCAAAAAAUUCAAAAACUUGUUUUCGCUUUGUCAUUAUGGGAUUUUUUGUGUAUAUUGAUGGGAAGAAAAUAUAUUUAAUCCAUUUUAGAAUAAGGCUGUAAGGUAACAAAAUGUGGAAAAAGUCAAGGGGUCUUAAUACUUUCCGAAUGCACUGUGUGUAUAUGUGCUUAUGUACUAUGUUAUUACAUGUUUAUAAACAUCAUUGGUUUGGUCUCAUCUCAAACUGUUAUUUUUCCUCUCAGGAUAUAGAUGCCAUGCUAGUUCUGGAAGCCAAUGGAAGCUUGGUUCUGUACACUGGAGUGACGAGGGUAACUAGAAAGUAGUGCUCGUACUGUUUAAAUGUGUUUAUCGGUGAUGCAAGGUCAAAUGGUCAAAUGUGUUCUGUCCACAGGUGAGCAAAGUGUUUGUCCCUGGCCUUCUGUCUCCCACCUUCAGCCUGUCCAACCACGUAACCCACCUGAGCACCCCCAUGGAGAGUGUGAGCACUCCCGCCAAGGCCACAGGGAGACACAUAGGAAGACUAGAGGAGGUACCACUGACACCUGAGACAGGGGUGUAUAUGUAUUGGGUUGGUUAUUAGAAUAAGUGUAAUUGCAAUGAAUGUAUCAAAAUAAUUAAGCUGCUCUCAUGGAAAUUCAGUCAGAUUACUAUGACAGAGUAUAACUAACCACCAAACUGAAAGCAGGUAGUCACUGGUAAUGCAAAUGGUGUAAUCUCAAUCUGAAUUACAGUGAAGAAUUGCUGUCCCUCCAUUUACAGUAGAGUGAAGCUGCAGUAUUAGUCUGCAGUAGAACAGCCAGUGACUAAUGGAGACUAUAUUAUGGAACCUGAUCAAUACUCUAAUUAGAUUUAAACUUCAGACUGUGUGACGUGUCUGUACCAAUCUAUAUCCUUAAAAACAAAGGGAGAAACUAACAGUAGAUUAAUCAAUUUAAUAUAUGUUGCAUUCAUUACAGAAUUGCUGUAGAAUGUAGAGCUGAAAUGUAUGGAUUAGUUCCCCCAACUUGCAACUAAUCAUCUUGAUUGUGUCUAUACAUCCUGGGAAGCUGAGUUGUUCCUUGUACCUCCUCCCCUCCCUUCCUGUUGGCCAGGUGGCCAUGCCAUCCCCUGUAUCAGAGCUGAGGGGCUCAACCAAGCACCACGAGACCUCCUGGCUGGGCGACUACACCUUUCAACAGUCUGUACCCUACAUCCACGGCCUCAGAGACCCCGUCAGCAGCAGAGUCACCCUGGUGUGUGUGUGUGUGGGGGGGGGGGGGGGUCUGUGUGUGGGUGGGUGUGUGUAUUGAUAUGAGUGAAAGGUGGAGGGUAUAAUGAGUCUGAGUCAGUGUGUAUGUGUCUGGCUGGUUGGCACGUGAGUACUUAGACCUCCAGGGGUGAAUGUUUCUUAAAUGGACACUAAUUGAACAGCUUAAUUUGAUUUAAUUGGAAUGGAGAAAAGCUCUGCCUGUGUACAGAACUGAGCACCAGAGGCCUGUCAGUAUGUUUACUGGGUCCAAUAAGGUUACAGUUCUCUGGGUGGACAUCGCUACCUGCAGGGGCAGUUUUGUUAAGACCGGUAAAGACAUGUCGUUCAGCCAAGGGACUUUUUCUCUCAGACCUGUCAGUCAUUUUCAAGCCCUUUUGAGAGAGCCACUCUUGACUGAGAUAUAUAUAUAUAUAUAUAUUUUCAGAGACUUGUAAAUGUCCAACUGCAUAUGUUAUGACAUGUCAUAUUGAUUGUUUUAUCCCCUGAUGUCUUCAUCUAUGUCAAAUUAUUUAAUUGAUAAAAGCGUUCAAGAGUUGACUGAAAGGUAGCAUGUAGACAUCUCUAACUUAUUGUGAAAUUAUCUCUAUCCCUCUGUUUGUUUUUGUAGGAGCUAAGCAAUGGCACAAUGCUGAGGAUAACGAUCCCUGAAAUUGCUACCUCAGAGCUGGGUAAGGUUAACACGACAAUGUGCAAAACCAAUGUGCGUGACAAGAUUGUGCAUUGGCUUAGGUGUCACAGCUGAGUCAUCCAGCAUUGAUGGCCUGAACAUUGGGUUGAAGUGCUGCCAGCCUCCCGCUGUCACAUUGACGUAAACCUAAGGGGACCCCACCCCACCGUUCCUCGCUCGUACUUACACACUCACCAUUCCCCUACACACACUUGACAUCCCCCACCCCACCCACUCUCAUAUCUCCUGGCAUUCCACAUGACACACACACACACACACACACACACAGUGUCUAUAUACACUCCGCUCUAUCUGGGUAAGCCACAGCAUUACGAUGGCGUCACCACAGCAGCUACUCCACGCCAGGCAGUUGUAGGUGCUGUUUGUUAUGGUGGGAUUUCCAUGCCUUUAUUCAGCCCAAGAUUCAAUUGGGCCCUUGAGUGUCGAUUAUCCAGCUCAGUUGGGGGGGACAGGGGAUGCUCUGGAACAUGAUGUUGAUGAGGGUGGAAAGGAGGGAUGGGGCAAUAGACGAGAGGGAGAGCUGAUUCUGCUCCGUUUCUAUCCUGCCCAAUGACAUGCUCCGUAGUGCUGGGAUAUAAUGUGAGUCUGUGUUCAGGUAGAUUAUUAGUAAAACAUAAGACAAUUUCUGUAACUGUCAGUAAAAGUGGGUAUAUUAACCAUGGUUCCUUGCGUUUGUGCGUGAAGAGUCUGCGUCUGUGACUGUCUUUACUCUAUCUAAUAUAGAAAUGGCUUUCAAUACACCCUUUCGUCACCCAUUUAGUAUAUCUAAAGAUGGGUACUUUUUUUUUGUAAAUGACUUUAUGUAUGGGACCUAUACUGAAAUCAUGCACGAUUCACACAUCUUUCCGGUGGUGAUAUUUGAGCCUCUGCUGAUGCAGCCUUAUCCACCAGUACAUGCAUGUACUGUAAAACAUGCUGUGGCUCAUCUUUCUACCCAGCUGUAGAUAACUGUAAUAGCGUAUCAUUUUACACCGUAAUUAAGGAAAUGGAGCACUCGGGUGUGCCAGUAUUUACCUUACAACCCUAAUUGGCUUUUUGUGCGUUUUUAAGGUCUCUGCCUUCGUUUAUACCAUGAUUCUAGUCUUUUGAUCCCCCAUCUUUUGUUUUGUGAAACCACUACCAAUUACCGCAUAGUGUUGUUCCCAGUUCCCACAUAUUAGUGCCUAAUUGAUUCAAAAGGCAGGACUUCUCAGUCUAAUGAAAUGGCAUUUCUCCUGCUCUGCCUUGACCUUUGGAGUUUGUUGUCCAAUUAGAGAUUGCGGUGGAGUUAAUUACCUGUCAGAUUGGGUGGACAUGGGAGAUGGCACGGAUGCUAAUCAGACUUUCGUGUAGUUUGAUGUCAAUGGAACUUGAUUAGGCACAAUGAAUAUAUACUGAACAAAAAUAUAAAGACAACAUGCGACAAGUUCAAAUCAGUCAAUGAAAAUAAAUUCAUUAGGCCCUAAUCUAUGGAUUUCACAUGACUGGGAAUACAGAUAUGCAUCUGUCACAGAUACCUUAAAAAGUUAGGGGCGUGGAUCAGAAAACCAGUCAGUAUCUGGUGUGACCACCAUUUGCCUCAUGCAGCGCUACACAUCUGCUUCGCGUAGCGUUGAUCAGGCUGUUGAUUGUGGAACGUUGUCCCACUCCUCUUCAAUGGCUUUGCGAAGUUGUUGGAUAUUCGCGUGAACUGGAUCAAGCUGUAAUACAUGUCGAUUCAGAGCAUCCUAAAUAUGCUUAAUGGUUGACAUUUCUGGUGAGUGUGCAGGCCUUGGAAGAACUGGGACAUUUUCAGCUUCCAGGAAUUGUGUACAGAUCCUUGUGACAUGGGCUGAAACAUGAGGUGAUGGUGGCGGAUGAAUGGCAUGACAAUGGGCCUCGCCCACAUGACGCCAUACACAUGGUCUGCGGUUGUGAGGCCGGUUGGACGUGCUGCCAAACUUUCAAAAACGAUGUUGGAGGAGGCAGCCUAUGGUAGAGAAAUGAACAUUAAAUUGUCUGGCAACAGCUCUGGUGGAUAUUCCUGCAUACAGCAUGCCAAUUGCACACUCCCUCAAAACUUGAGACAUCUGUGGCAUUGUGUUAUGUGACAAAACUGCACAUUUUAGUGUGGCCUUUUAUAGACCCCUUUCUGUGUUUGCAAACAUUGCUGCACAUGGGAGAUGCGUACAAGUUGGUGGCAUAACACGUGGGAUUUCUUAGAGAAUGCCAGCAACAACAAAAAAGCCUAUAAGUGCAUUUCACACUACUUUUGGAUUAUAAUAGGAUUUUAAGGCUUGUAUGAAUGUCCUGCCUAAUAUAAUGUUUGUCAUCGCAAAUCAAAUGCAUUAUACUUAAAAAACAUUUCAACUUCAACCAGUACAAUGGUUCUGAGGCUGGCUUUUGCUACAGCCUAUAUCAAUGAGCGUUAGCAUUCUAGCUAACAACUGCUGCAUCCUAAAUAGUUAUUUUGCAAAGAUCACAGCCAAAUAUAAUCUUAGCGACUGUUCAAGCAAGAAUCUAAACAUAAUUGUAAGCGUAUGAGAACCCACAUUUUUUAUUUUCUUUAGAAGUAAUAAAAACUUAAAUCUAAGCUAUGUUGAAUGGGCGCAGAUGGCGAUGGCUUUCUUACUGCCGCACGCAUCUGUCCGUGACGUCAGUGUGUUGUGAACUGUAAAGGGGUAUAUUAUCCCUAGCACAUCCCUAGUGGAGGCUGUUUAAUCCGCUUCUUGAUAUGCCACACGUGUCAGGUGGCUGGAUUUUCUUGGCUAAAGAGAAAUGCUCACUAACAGGAAUUUAAACAAAUUUGUGCACACAAUUUGAGAGAAAUAAGCCUUUUGUGCAUAUGGAACAUUUCUGGGAUCUUUUAUUUCAGCUCAUGAAACAUGGGACCAACACUUUACAUGUUGCGUUUAUAUUUUUGUUCAGUAUAGAUUUAUUAUUUUAACCACUCCACUUUAAAAAUAAAUAAAUUACAGUUAUACAAAUCAGCACAAGUUUGAUACAUACUAAUGUCAAAUUUGCUGUGUGAAGUGAACCUAUUGUCAUUGUGCAUUGUCUGACAAAUGCUUCCUCAUCCCACUCGUGUCCGUAGUGAGGAAGUGCCUCCAGGCGGUGCGCUUCAUCCUGCCCAAGGAGACAGCCAUGAAGGUGCUGAUAAAGUGGUACAACAUCUACAACGCCCCCGGGGGGCCCAGUGCACACCUGGAGUGGAACCUGUUUGUCACCUGCUUCAUGACUCUCAUGGGCUACAACACCGAGCGGCUGGGCUGGACACGCAAUGUGAGUCGCCCUGGCAACGGUGCUGUCAUUCACAGGAGAGGGAGUGACACAAAGUAGACGUAGUGCAGAGCUCAUUAGGAGGAUAGUCUUACUGACUACACAGUGUAUAUCCAAGUACGUAGAAGUGCCUCAAGCUAGGUCACACCAAUGUCACCUAACCCUGCACAUCUCUGAAAUCCAUACAUAGAGCCUAAGCCACAGAUGUAGGUUGGCAAGGGAACACAGGAAAGACCUAUGUUGUUUAUCAGAUGGUUAAUUGGUCUGUAGCCCUACCAUGCUCUUGACCUUUGUGUUUCCCCCACAGCUCCAUUUUGAAGUGCCCCUCUCUCCUGUGAUUGCACCAAAGAAGGCCCGGCCUUCGGACACAGGGUCUGAUGAGGUAGGUAGGGGUUACCCCCGUAGGCCAUGCUUUAAGUGGAAAGCAUAAGACAAUUCCUGUUACUCUCAAGCUCUGAGGUAGCGAUGAGGUCAACUUAUGAGUGAAUUCGCUUUUCUGUCAUGCAUAAUAGGAAUUUCAGGAAUAUGUUUAGUUCAUAUACAGUUCACUACUAUGAAAUGGUUGAAACCCAAGUUACGUAAUCUUGGAUUAGAAAUUCUGUUCCAAGUGCAGUAUGUUAUUUAUAGAUGUAUUGAAGAUGAGGGUAAGGUUGAUAAAUAACCUGUAGUGCUUCUUUCCUUCAUCCAUUUGCCCUGUGUGUUAUUAUGUGGAAUGUGAGUGGUGUUAAAAAAAAAACAUGGGCUGAAGUAGUGGCGCUGUACUGUAGCAUGGAAUCCUGGCAGGGGUCAUGGCCCAGGGUUGGGAGUGCACAGUUGAACUGGGGAGUUGUUGUGUAGAGUUCACCCUCUGGCUGAGAGUUGUUACUUAAGAAAGGAAGUGCAUGUAGAGGUCGUUGGGAAACUGCUGAUUCAGACUAGGCAUCAAUGUUGUUCCUUAACCUUCUGACCUUUUUGUAUGUGUGGCUUUGGGGCCUGUUUCUGUGUAUGCAUUGAAUUUAAGUGUGUGUGUUUCUGUGUGGCUUUGUGUGUGUGUGUGUGUCUGCAUAUAAUCCACCAGGACUGGGACUACAUGCGGUGCUCAGACUACCACAGACAGGUGGUGUUCAGGCAUGUGUGUGGUGCUGUGAGUCUGGAGUCCACAGACACAUCUGGUUGUGAAGAGUCUCUGUCUUCCACCCCUGCACUGCAUCUGGACCCCUCUGCCCCACUCUUCCCCCACAUCCCAGCCCUGUUCUACGUGCUGCACUUGCUCUAUGAGGAGCUGAAGCUGGACGAGCUGCAGAGGAGCGGGGGGCGAUCACUGGUGGGCCUCCUGCAACAGCUGGCCAGGUACUGUUGCUCCGUCUUCACAAUCUAUGUUAACGCUCAAAUAAUUCUGGAAACCCAGAAAUAAAAUAUUGCAUAAUUGCGUCAGAUGCUUGAUUAUGUUCUGGGGGAGAUGAGAAAAUAAAGGAUACUAAUGAGACCAGUGAACUCUCAAACUCUCAGCCAAAGCAUGUGCCAAAUGUCCCCUCUCCCUCUGAAAUUCGAAAGAUGCGAAAUCAUGAUUAGUCCAAGUGAAGAAAUUCCAGUCUGUUGACAGACGCCUGGAUACCAUCCUGUCCACGAGAGAUUUACUCUCAAAUGACUCCAGUUAAAUGUUGUGGAUUUAUUAUUAUAGCAAUGGCCUUUCAGAGACAAACUAAAGCGACAGGUCGCAGGUGAAUCUUUUCAAUUCAGCUAUUCAUUCAGAACGAACACUAUUUCAUGAAGCUGUUAAACAUUUAAAUUCAAAAGUAUGCCCGAUGAAUCACUGCUCAAUAAAACCUGAUGAAUAUGGUCUCUCCUAAAACGUUUAUAUUACCAGGAUAAGAAAAUGGCAUUAAAACGGUUUCAAGUGUGUCAAGUGGCCUCGUCCACAGUCCCAUUUUACAUUAAAAGAAGAGCUGAAGUGGUAGAAUCAACUGGCACUUGAAUUGCUUAGUGCUUAUUUGGGCCUUGUUUUAGUGUCCUGGUCAUUUAGGAUUUCCAGGCUGGUCGACACAACAGUUGGUGCUUCAGCCAAUUAAUAAUUGUUUAUUGUCUUUGGCGUACAUACUGUACAAAGAGAUACAGUAGCUAAAAUAAAGCACAAACCAAUCUGGCAACCCGGCUAGGCCUGUACCACAAUGACCUCACUACAGCUAACCCAGCCUGAAACCCCCACAUUAGUAGCAGAAGUUUAAGUGGGUGUUAGCUUAAUCAUAGUUCUGAUUUAGUUUAUCUUCUUCAUGGUGAGAGUAGAGCAGGUUGGGGUAUUGAAAGUAUUGAUUAAAUGGCUCUGGUUAGAUUAACAGCCCCUCUUAUGACCUGCUGCUAAUUGUUGUACUGUUUAUUAAUAGGGAUCUGCAGCUGGAGGAGUAUAUUGAUCUGUACUGGCGAGAUUACCCCUCAUUCAUCACCACGUUCAAGGAGUCCUGCAUCAUCGAUCAGGGUAAGAGGCAAAUCAACCUCUCUACAGCGUGUGUAGUCCCCUCUGCUCACGUAGAAGAGAGGGCAUGUCUACCACUUUGGCUUUUCCUGAUGGAGAAAAAAACUGAUUGCUCAUAUUGAUUGAAAUGAUGGUCUGACUGAGUGAUAAGGACAGGUGUGUCUGUAGUCGCAGAGCCUGUUGUGACAGUUUGAUUGACAGUCUCCGUGGCCCCUCCCUCUCCUGCAGCCCAGAUGGAGCAGAUGCUGCGUCCGUCCUUCCUGAGGGCGGAGCCUCCGUGUGUGUUCAGCUGGCUCAGCAGCUGUCUGAGGGGAGAGGAGGUAGCACCCUUCCCCUACCUGCCCGGCAUCUGUGAGAGGACCAAACUACUGGUGCUGGUAUGCUAUCAUCAUGUUUCUAUCUUUGCCUCAUGAUGACAAGGGAAAUUUACGGAACCAUAUAUCGCUCUGGAAAUGUAUACAAUACACUUUUUUAUCAAGAGAUGAUAGCCAUGCAGGUGGCAGUUUUAGUUGGGUUGCGAUAUAGACAUCUCCAAUAGGGGGUGCCACAGACAACUGAAAACCCUACUAGGGAAUUACCAUUUACAUUGUCCUUGGUGUGGUGUGAGGAAAGUAGAUUUCCCAUCACCUUUGGCUUGGUUAGCUACAGCAUGUGUGCACAGCUAGAUGACCUCACCACCUGACUGACAUGUUACAUAAAUACUGUUUGGACAACAAAUCGUUUCUGAAUAUUUUGAGUGACCAAUGUCAACACAGCCAAUCGUAUUCUAAAUAAACCUUCUUCUCCCUGGGUUGGUUUGCGGUCCCUAGCCCCUGUGUAGCCAAUGGCAGUUUAUGUUCAAACAUGAUUUCCCAGUUAAAAGGAGUCAUCAAACACUGACACGCACACACACACUCUGCUUAAAUGUCAAAGGGCUAUGACAUAGGACUUCAUGCCAAUCAGAGAGAGGGGGAGAGAGAAAGGCAUUUUGCCUAUGCGUAAAAACUAGGGAUGUGCAUCUCUCCUUUCAUGAACGAUUCGAUACGGAUCUACAUACAUGGUCUCAGAUACGAUACAGGAACGAUACGUUUAAUUUGAAACGAUUCGGUUUGAUUAGGGGAAUGAAUUGAUGUGAAUUCGGACAAUACAUUUUUUUACAUGAACACGUGCAUUUUCCAUUUUAAAUUAAUAUCUGCUCCUGAUGGAGCCUCUCUGAGCUGGAUCUGUCUGAGAUGACUUUUUUAGCUGAGUGGCCCUCUGUUUGUGUGUGUGUGUAGGCACCUUAGCUGAGCCAUAGGGCAGAUUGGGAAUCUACCACCCGACUAUCAGAUUAGGGGUGGGGGCAAUUUAUGGGGCCCCCACUUUUUUAUCAGAAAUCACCAUCACCCACGGAUUAACUUGUAGUUUUUCCAGAUCAAAAAUGUUUUGACAUAGUACUGUCAAUAUUUAUCUUUAGAAAUUAGCAAUGGCAUUUAGACAAUUAAUAGAAUGCUGCUUUGGAUUUGACCCCCGUCCCAAAAGUGAAUUGUUUAGACUGAUUGGAAUUUUACAGAGAGCUUCUCCCACUCUGACCAAUGAAUGCAACCAUGCGCAGCUCACAAAAACUAUUGCUGUCCUUUAUGAAAUUACCCUGUUCAUGUAAAAAUGACCAAAUACACUGACUGUUUAAAGUAAACUACCAAAACUAUUUCUUAUUGUGAACCUGAACAAUCUAAAUUAAAUCUGAAUGAUUGAAAACCCCAAUCAGCAGUUAGAUGUGAGUUGUGUCCAAUCCGGUAGGUUCCACAACUCCUGUAAAACCCAAUUUUCUACAGUGCAUUUGGUAACAAUGACCCAGCAAAUUACACUGAACAAAAAUAUAAACGCAACAUGUAAAGUGUUGGUCCAAUGUUUCAUGAGCUGAAAUAAAAGAUCCCAUAAAUGUUCCAUACACACAAACUUAAUUCUCUCAAAUUUUGUGCACAAAUUUGUUUACAUCCCUGUUAGUGAGCAUUUCUCCUUUGCCAAGAUAAUCCAUCCACCUGACAGGUGUGGCAGAUCAAGAAGCUGAUUAAACCGCAUUAUCAUUACACAGGUGCACCUUGUGCUGGGGACAAUAAAAGGCCACUCUAAAAUGUGCAGUUUUGUCAAACAACACAAUGCCACAGAUGUCUCAAGUUUUGAUGGAGCGUGCAAAUUGGCAUGCUGACUGCAGAAAUGUCCACCAGAGCUGUUGCCAGAGAAUUGAAUGUUCAUUUCUCUACCAAUGUCAUUUUAGAGAAUUUGGCAGUACGUCCAACCGGCCUCACAACCGCAGACCAUGUGUAACCACGCCAGCCCAGGACCUUCACAUAGGCUUCUUCACCUGCGGGAUCGUCUGAAACAAGCCACUCCGAUAGCUGAUGAAAUUGUGGGUUUGCACAACCGAAGAAUUUCUGCACAAACUGUCAGAAACCGCCUCAGGGAAGCUCAUCUGCGUGCUUGUAAUCCUCGCCAGGGUCUUGACCUGACUGCAGUUCGGCAUCAUAACCGACUUCACUGGGCAAAUGCUCACCUUCAGUGGCCACUGGUACGCUGGAGAAGUGUGCUCUUCACGGAUGAAUCUCGGGUUUCAACUGUACUGAGCAGAUGGCAGACAGUGUGUAUGGUGUUGUAUGGGCGAGCGGUUUGCUGAUGUCAACAUUGUGAAUAGAGUGCCCAAUGCUGGCAGUGGGGUUAUGGUAUUGGCAGCCAUAAGCUACGGACAACGAACACAAUUGCAUUUUAUCGAUGGCAAUGUGAAUGCACAGCGAUACAGUGACAAGAUCCUGAGGCCAUUGUCGUGCCAUUCAUCUGCCGCCAUCACCUCAUGUUUAAGCAUGAUAAUGCACAGCCCCAUGUCGCAAGGAUCUGUAAACAAUUCCUGGAAGUUGAAAUGUCCCAGUUCUUCCAUGGCCUGCAUACUCACCAGACAUAUCACCCGUUGAACAUGUUUGGGAUGCUCUGGAUCGAUGUGUACGACAGCGUGUUCCAGUUCCCACCAAUAUACAGCAACUUCAACUUCGCACAGCCAUUGAAGAGGAGUGGGACAGCAUUCCACAGGCCACAAUCAACAGCCUGAUCAAGAUGGAGAUGUCGCGCUGCAUGAGGCAAAUGGUGGUCACACCAGAUACUGACUGGUUUUCUGAUCCACGCCCCUAGCAUUUAAGGUAUCUGUGACCAACCGAUGCAUAUCUGUAUUCCCAUUCAUGUGAAAUCCAUAGAUUAGGGCCUAAUUUAUUUAUUUAUAUUGACUGAUUUCCUUAUGCAAUUGUUGCAUUUAUAUUUUUGUUUAGUGUACAUUGGUUUUCACUCAAAGUAUAUUAUACAAGCAUCUGAAUGCUGAAGGCGCCGUGCAGAUGUACGAAUAGCCUAUUAGAGCAGGGAUAGGUCUACAGUGCCUUCAGAAAGUCUUCAUACCGCUUGACUUAUUCCACAUUUUGUUGUUACAGCAUGAAUUCAACAUUUAUUAAAUAUUAUUUUUCAUCCAUCUUUUAUUUAUUUAUUUUAUUUUACCUUUAUUUAACUAGGCAAGUCAGUUAAGAACAAAUUAUUAUUUACAAUGACGGCCUACACCGGCCAAACCCGGACGACGCUGGGCCAAUUGUGCGCCGCCCUAUGGGACUCCCAAUCACGGCCGGUUGUGAUAUCACGGCCGGUUGUGAUACAGCCUGGAAUCGAACCAGGGGGUCUGUAGUGACGUCUCAAGCACUGAGAUGCAGUGCCUUAGACCACUGCACACAAUACCUCAUAAUGACGAAGUGAAAACAUGUUUUUUGAAAAUUUUUCACAUUUAUUGUUAAUGAAAUACAGAUAUCAAUACUUUGUAGACCCACCUUUUGGCAGCGAUUACAGCUGUGAGUCUUUCUGGGUAAGUCUCUAAGAGCUUUCCACACCUGGAUUGUGCAACAUUUGCCCAUUUUAUUCUUUUCAAAAAUCUUCAUGCUCUGUCAAAUUGGUUGUUGAUCAUUGCUAGACAACCAUUUUCAGGUCUUGCCAUAGAUUUUCAAGGCCAUUUUAAGUCAAAACUGUAACUUGGCCACUCAGGAAUAUUCACUGUCUUUUUGGUAAGCAACUCCAGUGUAGAUUUGGCCUUGUGUUUUAGGUUAUUGUCCUGCUGAAAGGUGAAUUAAUCUCCCAGUGUCUGGUGGAAAGCAGACUGAACCAGGUUUUCCUCUAGGAUUUUGCUGUGCUUAGCUCCAUUCAGUUUCUUUUUUUAUCCUGAAAACUCCCCAGUACUUAACGAUUACAAGCUUACCCAUAAUAUGAUGCAGCCAUCACUAUGCUUGAAAAUAUGGGAAAUGGUACUACAUAAUGUGUUGUAUUGGAUUUGCCCCUAACAUAACACUUUUUGUUCAGGACAGAAAGUUAAUUGCUUUGCCACAUUUUUUGCAGUAUUAUUUUAGUGCCUUGUUGCAAACAGGAUGCAUGUUUUGAAUAUUUUUAUGUACAGGCUUCCUUCUUUUCACUCUGUCAAUUAGGUUAGUAUUGUGGAGUAACUACAAUUUUGUUUUCUCCUAUCACAGCCAUUAAACUCUAACUGUUCUAAAGUCACUAUUGGCCUCAUGGUGAAAUCCCUGAGCUGUUUCCUUCCUCUCCGGCAACUGAGUUAGGAAGGACGCCUGUAUCUUUGUAGUGACUGUGUAUAUUGAUACACCAUCCAAAGUGUAAUUAAUAACUUCACAAAAAAUCUGGAUUUAAUUUACUUAAAAUUCAAUUAACACAACAAAAUGUAGAAAAAGUCAAGGGGUGUUAAUACUUUCUGACGGCACUGUACCUUGCGAGCAGCCGUCUCCCGCACUGUGCACAGUAGUUAUCUGACAGUCAUAUGCAGUUGCAAAAGUCACAACAGAUGAGGUAUUUUCGGCAUAAAACAUGAGUAAAAAACAUCAGCGAACCAACUAUUCCUAAAGUUUGGAUCGGUUUUCUGACCUGUUGGCAUGCGUCAUUUGGAUCGGUUUUCUGACCGACGCAUGCGUCAUUUGGAUCGGUUUUCUGACCGAUGCAUGCUUAAUUUGGAUCGGUUUGGGCUCCCACCAACCGACUGAUAUACUUGUAUGCGUUUUUACUAGGGAUGUACAGUACCAGUCAAAAGUUUGGACACCAACUCAUUCAAGGGUUUUUCUUUAUUUUUACUAUUUUCUACAUUGUAGAAUAAUAGUGAAGACAACACAACUAUGAAAUAACACAAAUGGAAUGAUGUAGUAACCAAAAAAGUGUUAAACAAAUCAAAAUGUUAUAUUUGAGAUUCUUCAAAUAGCAACCCUUUGCCUUGAUGACAGCUUUGCACGAUCUUGGCAUUCUCUCAACCAGCUUCAUGAGGUAGUCACCUGGAAUGCAUUUCAAUUAACAGGUGUGCCUUGUUAAUUUGGGGAAUUUCUUUCCUUCUUAAUGUGUUUGAGCCAAUCAGUUGUGUUGUGACAAGGUAGGGGUACAGAAGAUAGCCCUAUUUGGUAAAAGACCAAGUCCAUAUUAUGGCAAGAACAGCUCAAAUAAGCAAAGAGAAAUGACAGUCCAUCAUUACUUUAAGACAUGAAGGUCAGUCAAUCUGGAAGAUUUCAAGAACUUUGAAAGUUUCUUCAAGUGCAGUCGCAAAAACCAUCAACCGCUAUGUUGAAACUGGCUUUCACGAGGAACGCCACAGGAAUGGAAGACCCAGAGUUACCUCUGCUGCAGAGGAUAAGUUCGUUAGUUACCAGCCUCAGAAAUCGUCAAUUAACUGCACCUCAGAUUGAAGCCCAAAUAAAUGCUUCACAGAAUUCAAGUAACAGACCCAUCUCAACAUCAACUGUUUGAGACUGCGUGAAUCAGGCCUUCAUGGCCGAAUUGCUGCAAAGAAACUACUACCAAAGGACACCAAUAAGAAGAAGAAACACGAGCAAUGGACAUUUAGACCGGUGGAAAUCUGUCCUUUGGUCUGGAGUCCAAAAUUGAGAUUUUUGGUUCCAACCGCCAUGUCUUUGAGACGCAGAGUAGGUGAACGGAUGAUCUCUGCAUGUGUGGUUCCCACCGUGAAACAUGGAGGAGGUGGUGUUAUGGUGUGGGUGUGCUUUGCUGGUGACACUGUCUGUGAUUUAUUUAGAAUUCAAGGCACACUUAACCAGCAUGGCUACCACAGUAUUCUGCAGUGAUACGCCAUCCCGUCUGGUUUGUGCUUAGUGGGACUAUCAUUUGAUUUUCAACAGGACAAUGACCCAAUACACCUCCAGGCUGUAUAAGGGCUAUUUGACCAAGAAGGGGAAUGGAGUGCUGCAUCAGAUGACCUGGCCUCCACAAUCCCCCGACCUCAACCCAAUUGAGAUGGUUUGGGAUGAGUUGGACCGUUGAGUGAAGGAAAAGCAGCCAACAAGUGCUCAGCAUAUGUGGGAACUCCUGCAAGACUGUUGGAAAAGCAUUCCAGGUGACAACCUCAUGAAGCUGGUUGAGAGAAUGCCAAGAGUGUGCAAAGCUGUCAUCAAGGCAAAGGGUGGCUACUUUGAAGAAUCUCAAAUAUAACAUAUAUUUUGAUUUAUUUAACACUUUUUUGGUUAAUACAUGAUUCCAUACGUGUUAUUUCAUAGUUUUGAUGUCUUCACUAUUAUUCUACAAUAAAAAUAAAGAAAAACCCUUGAAUGAGUAGGUGUGUCCAAACUUUUGACUAGUACUGUAUGUGUGUGUGAGUAAUGUGUUUGAGACAACGAGUGUGUGUGUUUUGUGUCUGUGUACUCUACCAUAAUUAAUCCCUGGUCGGAUGGAGGGCUGAAUCACAAGCGGGUGGGGUGAAGGGGGGUCAGGGGGGCUGUGCUGAUGACCAGGCCUUGUGCGUCUCCUCCCAUCAGGCUAAGUGAGGUGACGCACGUCACCGCUGAGAGACUGACAGCCUGUCAUGCAAUUACAGAAUCUCUUUACCCACAUCACUGUCUCUCUCUCUGUCUGUCUGUCUCUCCGUCUCUCUCUCUCUGACUGUCUCUCACUCCCCCUUUCUCUUGCUCACUCAGCAUCUCUCUCACUCUGUCUCUCUCAACAGGCCAGAUGCUGACGUUUGUUUAUCUGUCCUUCUCUGCCUCUCUUUCUCUUCCUCCCCCUCUCAGAGCUACGCCCUGUACAUAAUUGGAGAUGACAACGCCACUUCAGUUGAUGUUUCGAAGUAUCUGGCCAAGCUCUCUGCAGGUGGGUUUCAGUGUUUGUGUGUGGAUAUGUGUGUGUCUGAUUUACUGAACAGUGUGCCCCCAAGAUGACAAACAACCAUCCCUGUGACAUGCUUCCCACAUGCCCACAUGCUUCCCACAUGCAUGUCACAGCAGUCAGUCAGUGUGCGCAAGAGAGGGAAGAGGUUGUAAGGCGGUAGUGCAAUGUUGUCUCCAUCCUGUUUCUUUAUGUUUAAAGGGAUACUGCGAGAUUCUGGCAUUUAAGGCCUUGUUCUUCUUACCCAGAGUUAGAUGAAUGCUGUACCUAUAGACUUCCAGUCAUUGCGCUAACGCUAGUUAGCAUUGGCUCGCAAAACUACCACUUAGUUCCUUCAUACUGCACGCAGACAUACAAAUGGUAUCCACAAGUUCAUCUGGGUAAGUAAAACAAAUGCCAGAAUCUCGCCGUAUCCCUUUAAGUCAAGUCUUCAUUUGGCCAUUGUUACUUUUACCCUUAAAGAGGCAAUCAGCAGUAGCAAAGUGCUCUCCCUGCCCCCAUUUCGGUAAAAAGCUAAAGGGUGGGGCUGGAGAAAUGUAACCACUCUCAAAUUCGUCGACGGAGCUAUGUAUGCAAGGACUGACCAUCCAUGAUAUUACCAUUUAUAGUUUUAACCAUGUUUUGAGACUAUAUAGUGUUUGUAAACAAAGUAAAUGUUAACAAACAGAGUAAAACAAGCUGAUAUUUUUGGCUACAACAGUUGAGCUAAGCUCAUGAGGCAUUUAUAAGUUAUAUUCUUCAAGAAUCAAUGGGUACAUUUAAUUUAAUUUGUAAGUCCGAGAAUGGAUGUAGCAACUGCAGAUUGCCCUUUUAAUGAAGUCUCCAAAGAAAUGUCCUUUGAAGCAGAGCUGUAAAGUUGUAAAUGUAAAGCUUCAUUAUUUGCAACCAUGAUUAUCAAAAUGAUAUUUUGGACUCAAGUAUGGGCAUUAUGGUGAUGAUUGUGAGGCUGAAAGGCCUCUUGAGUUCUUUUGGCAUUCUCCUGUUUUCUCCUGUUUUCCUUUACUGUGACAAUUGAACUACAGCCCUCGUGUGCCGUCUCUCCUCUCUGACAGGCCAGAAGAAGACUGUCAUUGAAUCAGCUUUGAGGAGGUAAAAACGUACCAUUAACACAUUUAGCCUGAAUCUCUUCAUUCUUAUAGACUCUUGAUUCCCCAUAAAGUGUUUCCUCAUAAAGCCACAAGAAGGGUUCACUCCGUUUUAUUAACUGGGUAGUUUGUGUCCUGGAUGCUGAUUUGCUGAAAGCCAUGGAAUAUCAGACAAAAAAAAUAAAAAAUUAAAAUAAAAAAAUAUAUAUGUAUGUAAUAUAUAUUUUAUAUAUUGUAAAGUGGUUGUCCCACUGGCUAUCAUAAGGUGAAUGCACCAAUUUGUAAGUCGCUCUGGAUAAGAGCGUCUGCUAAAUGACGUAAAUGUAAAAUAUACAUUUUUACAUUUUAGUAAUUUAGCAGACGCCCUUAUCCAGAGCGACUUAGUUAGUGAGUGCAUACAUAUUUUUUUUUCUCCAUACUGGUCCCCCGUGGGAAACGAACCCACAACCCUGGCAUUGCAAACGCCAUGCUCUACCAACUGAGCCACAUGGGACUAUACCUCUAGUAAUAGUAGCAGCUAUAAACUAUAGACUUGUCCUAAGCUUUUAACCAUGAUUUUCCAACUGAGAUUUGUAAUCCCUGUUCCUCUUCCAGACCGAGCAGUAUGAAGCCUGAUGCUCCAAAUGAAAGUUUGGCUGAAAAGCUUGUGGUUUGGCUAACAUCAGCAGGUAAGACUUUACAUCAGGACUAGAAACAUCUCCACAGCCUGUCUAAUGUUAUUGCAAUGCUAUGGAGUCUUUGCUGGUGUGAGACUCUUUUACAUUCAUGUGUUGUGUUUAGGUUUCACAUUGAAAGACCUGGAAUCUGUGCCCUUUGGUGUGGCUCUGCCCAUCAGAGAUGCUAUCUACCAGUGUCGAGAGCAACCCUGCUCUGACUGGUCAGAGGACGUCUGCCUAUUGAUUGGGCGACAGGACCUUACCAAGCAAGCACACAAAGUGACCGUGGCCAAAGGCAAAGCUGUAGGUGUGAGUUUCUGGGGUUAUUGGAUGGUUUGGGUUUCAUCCUUUACAACCUUGUGGAUUUGGAGUUAAUGUUUCGGUUUCGUGUGUUUAUUUCUGUGUGUGUAUGUACUCAGACGGUGGGUCUGGGGCUAAUGCUGGAGGCUCCAGCCACCACAGAGGCAGAGGAGGAGGAGGAUGGUAUGACGGAUCUGAACCAGGACGUAAUUGGUCUUAUCUGGAGCCAGGACCUGCGCGUCCAUGAGGCCAGACGUCUACUCCAGAGCUCCAGACCAGUCAGGGUCAGCGUGGUCCACCUGCCCGAGGUCAGCGACCACGAGUACAUAGAGGAGAAGGAGAACAAGUGAGUAAUAUCUUUCAAGUGAUGGCAGCUAUCAUAGAUGGUCUCAUUCAAAAGCAGUCUGGGCCCAGGUUAUAGGCUAUAUCCAUAAUCUGCUUAGUUUCAAGCAUGCUUUUGACUUUUUUUUUUUUUUUGGUGUGCUCUGUAGUUAGCAGUUGGCCUGUAGUUGUGUUGACUAUUGUUCUGAUGCCUCUCCCUCCAUCUCUCUCUCUGCUUUCUCUCUGGGCAGACUGUUGCAGCUUUGCCAGCGUACCAUGGCUCUGCCAGUGGGAAGAGGCCUGUUCACCCUCUUCUCCUACCACCCUGUGCCAACAGAGCCCCUACCGGUGCCCAAACUCAACCUUACUGGUACUGUAUCCCUCAGGGCUUUCUCAUACCAGUGUGCGUGUCAGUCUGAGAGAACGUGUCUGUGUCUUCAAACUAGGGUUGGGCGAUAAAUGAAAUUAAUUUGAAUGUAUGUUUUUGGGUGAUAUUCCAAAUGCCUGUAUCGCAUAAUCAAGUUUUUUUGUAUUUUCUGUUUUUAUGAGCAUUUAUGUCCUCUUGUUCUCAUGUUGUCUUUUUGGUCUCGUCUCGUUUGCUUCUUCUGUGCUGUGCACCUUCCCAUUGACACCAGAGAUCUGAAUAUAAUGACAAGAUGCUCAUGUCUCUGCCCUAACAAUGGGAGUCGUUGUCCCAAAGCCGGGAAGGCAGGCGACAAGCUUAGGUCCAAAAUAAGCCCAUAGUAACGCAUUGGGCUUAUUUUGGACAGAUUUUGGCGAGAGUGAAACCUCUCGUUUUGCCUCUUCCUCUCUGUUUACACACACACACACACACACCAAGCCCCUGCCACUCACACCAACAAAGUUGAGAGAUCACUUCUUCCUCUCUGACUAGCUAUUUGCAUUUGAGGUUUGGUCCAACAGAAUCGGUCAUAUGGACACCGAAACACAUGGAGACAUUAUUUUACUGUAAUAGAUAAGUUAACCUUUCUAAUUAUACCCUUUUUUAUGUCUCAACUACACAAAUUGCGCCCAGAGCAGACACUACUAAAACAGGAGUAUCAAUUAACAUUGAUUCUGGAAAAUGUAUGCUCAGUUUGUCGCGCACAGCAUUGCGGUACCGCAUACCACUAGCAGCAUUUUAGCCAAAGACUGUUAUGCUAGCUGUCUAGUCUAUGUUUUAUAAAUGUGCAAUAAGCAUAAAACACAAUUCUAUAAGGAACGGGCAACUCGUUCUCAUUCUGAGGAAUAAGGUAGGCCACCUGAUUUCAACAUCUGAACAAAGUGGACAGGCUAGCAUGCUGUUCUAACAGGUGGAGACAGACACAUAAGGGUGUGUUCAAAACAAUUCAACUGUUCUGCCUUGUUAGCUAGUAAAUAGAUCCAAGUUGGCAAAUAGAAAGAUGAGCUGGCUACUCACUAGCACGUGGGCUUGUGCUGAGAGAUUGUUUAUGAGACCUGUGUUAAUUUUCUGUAAUGCCAGCUACAAGAAGUUAGGCAUAACAUUUGUAACAAAAAUGUCAUUUUCAUGAAAGCCAGAUCAGGGAUUAUUGCAAAAAAGCAGGUUAAACUAUUUGACCAUUUUGUACAAUCAUCCUUAAAUAAUUAUAUUGUUAGUGGGGCUUAUAUUUUUUGCCUUAAUUUAACACGCCCUGAAUUUUUGAAAUGCAGUGUAUUUGACAUUUAAUUGUACAACAACCCUUAUUUGGAGAAAACAAUAAAUAAAACAAUCGUGAAUCGGCCAUAAAUUUGACAAAAAUGUAGAUAUGAUUUCUAGGCCGUAUCGCCCAGCCCUACUUCAAACACGUUUACAGAACUAGUUAUGACAAAGCAUCAAGUACAGGAGUAUGUUGUUUUUCCUUUGAAGAUCUUUGGAGAUCUGAGUAAAAAGGUUUUACUCAGUCUGUCUAUAUAAGUUCCAUUUCUGGGCGUGUUUUUAUUAGCAGCUCACAGACCUCACAUUAGUCAGUCUGCAUCUGGAAUUACAGCUGGUGCUUCAGUGUGUUGUGUUUUAGGACAAGGGAAACAAUGCAAUACGUGUGAUCACUGUGAUGAGAAGCAGAAACGUAUUUAGAACCCGGCAGGCCAUGUUUACAUUGGUCUUUGGUGCCAAUGUUAUUGUGGUCUAAAUGUCGAGCAUGCAUGCGUGUAGAGUUUGUCAGAAUCUGAUAUGGAGUAUUUUGUUUCUGGUGACAGGUCGUGCGCCCCCUCAGAACACCAUGGUAGAUCUGAACAGUGGGAACAUUGACGUUCCUCCCAACAUGACGAGCUGGUCCAGCUUUCACAACGGGGUGGCUGCAGGCCUGAAGAUUGCCCCGGCCUCCCAGGUGGACUCUGCCUGGAUCGCCUACAACAAACCCAAGAGCCCCGAGCUGGCCAACGAGUACGCAGGCUUCCUCAUGGCUCUGGGCCUCAACGGACACCUCACCAAGCUGGCCACACUCAACAUACAUGACUACUUAACCAAGGUGAGCAUGCAUGCAAACACAGAUACACACACUGGGGUUCUGGGGUUGAGUGAAGUCGUGUAGUUUUUCUCAUUACAUGUUUUUAAGAUUCUCUAGAUUGCACGUUGGUUUUAGCAGAACUUGUCUCUCAGCAUCCUGUUAUUUUUCUCACAUGAAAGUGGGAAGGCCUCAGCGCGCUGAGAGCAGAGUUUCGCUUUGACUUUUCCCUGGCAGUGACACAUAGCAACUUUCUCAUUUCCAGUUAGGCCUGACAUAGAAGGCUGUGUGGUCAUAUCUAUCACAUCUCUCAGCUCAGGAAAGAUCAGUGGUUAUUUACUACAGUAUACGAGUUUACUACUAUUCUCAUUCUUGCCAGCUUAUCAACUGUGCCAGGACAGAUGAGCUUACAUUUGAGCACAACAUGUGCAUUUUUAAAGGUCUGCUGCUGGACUGUUAAUAAGGAUAUAGUACAGCAGUCUUUGAUGGGUGACAAUUAAUAUUGAAUUAUGUAAGUAUGAAUGGGAUCAGGUGAUUUACGCAAAAUGUGUACUUUCAAAUGUUGUCAUUAGUUUUGUUAUGUAGCAUAAUUGUGUGAUGAAGGAAAAAAACUGCUUUUAGGAUGAACUACAGUGUAGUUUGGUUCCCCCAAAAAGAGGAAGGCAAAAAAUCAGCAUAUGUUGAGCAAAGAUCUCUGAUCUGUUAUAACCUUGUUGUUUUAUACUCGCUCCCCAUUCAGCCCUACACAAUAACUCAUUCAUCUCAUAAUCUAUAUGUGUUAUUAAACAAGUGAACCCCUCUGUGUAUGAAGUCCAUGGGGGACUAAUGAGAAUGGCUGCCGGUGUGUCCUUAGGGCCACGAGAUGACAAGCAUCGGGCUGCUCCUGGGUGUGUCUGCAGCCAAGCUGAGCACCAUGGACAUGUCUAUCACCCGCCUGCUGAGCAUCCACAUCCCAGCACUGCUACCACCCACCUCCACUGAGCUGGAUGUACCGCACAACGUUCAGGUGGCGGCCGUGGUGGGCAUCGGCCUGGUCUACCAGGGCACAGGACACCGCCAUAACGCAGAGGUGCUGCUCGCCGAGAUCGGUCAGUGAGAGAUGCGUCCUGAAUGAAGUAAAUGUUUUGUUGUCCCAUAGGGAUAUUUGCAGGGAGGAGGACCUACAACACUAAAUACAAUACAGAAACUGUUUUGACAUGGAACUGCUAGUCCCACUUAAAACAAACUACAACUUAUAAAGGCUUUAUAAUAGAAUACAUAGACUUCACAAGUGCAACAGAUGCUUCACAUAUCAUUUAUAAGCUUAUGUCAUACUGUAAAGGGUGACAUAACAGCUCCCAAUGUAGGAUGCAUUGCACAACCUAAUUUCUUAUGAGAUUUUAGGAUGAUUGUGCAACUGGUCGCAUACAGCAUCUGCAUGCCAACCAUUUAAUUUCAUGGGGAUACGCAUUUAAAUCUUGAGUUAUCAACAGUGUUGUUUUGAAUUAUGUACACUGAGCAUAUUUUUGCGCAGAUGGUAUUAAUAAAUUGUAGGAUACCUGUGUUUUGUUUCAAUCAAAGCACAUCUUUUCCCUAGUGGUGCUGUUUAGUUUUGGCCGCAUGAGAGAGAAAUUCCACCAUUUCUACAAUCAUCCUAAAAUCUCAUAAGAAAUGAGGUGGUGUUUUCUGUCUUGCAUUAACUUUCUAUGCUAUUCGGUUCUGUUAUGUAGAAUACGAUCAUUAUAUGAUCUUGCAGACAUUGAUUCGCUCAUGCGCAGACUCAUCUGACCUUUAGCUGUUGGGAGCAGGGUUUCUGAGAACUCUGAUCCGCAGCCUCGUCCUUUAUUUAUUCACCGUCUUUAUUUUACCUGGUCUGUUUACUCAGAGCAUGUGUUAUUGGCUUAGCACAGCAACACACUGUAGGCCUCACAUGACAGUUACCCCUGACCUGCUCCAGGCCAGAACAUAAGGUUUCCCCCAGGUAUGGCAGUUGCAUCACAUCAAUACAGUUUCACACUGUUUAGAUGGGGCAAGUGAUGUCAGGUGGAAUCUCACAUGUCAUAUCAGCAUCUUAAUUAGCAUGGGUUAUGUCAGCCUUUUAUAAAGCACAUUCUUUUUGGGAAAUGUACAUAGUGUGUUAUAUCAUAUUUAGCAAUGCACCCUACAUAAGGAGCUGUUAUGUCACCCUUUAUAGACCCUUUAGUUAUUGUAUGCUUAAAACAGAUUAUUUGUGAAGCAUCUAUGUUGUGCCUGGAUAUUAAAUAGAUUAUACGUGCAGGCGCCCGAACCAAGAUUUCAAAAAUUGACUGGACCGCUGAAGGGGUGGUCAGUCUUUAGAAUGUACAACUGAAAUUUCUAAAGAAGGUUCAGCACGACAGCCUUAUUCUCUUCAAUGAUAUUUAUUACUGACACGUUUCGGAGCAAGCUUUUUUGUCGAAGCUGAAUUUUCUCCAAAAUGCGUUGGCAAAAAAUUACAAAUGUAAUUGAAGUAAAAUGUAUUUUCAAAUAUGGUGCUUUGAUGACGGAGCUUACUCCAAAACGCGUCAGCAAUAAAUAUUGAAGUAAACAGAUGUUGCUUCUUCCUGCAGGUCGACCCCCUGGUCCUGAGAUGGAGUACUGCACAGACCGAGAGUCCUACUCCCUGGCCGCUGGGCUGUCCCUGGGCAUGGUCUGUCUGGGGGUAAGUCUAGUAGUACACACUGCACUCACACUACUUGAUCAGCUCUGCAUUAAGUUACUUACUGUACUGCUGUAUAUGUAGAGAGGUGAUAGAAAAAGGAAACGUUCUUACAUGGACAGCACUCUUCAUACUUCAAAAGGCUGAGAAAUCAUAAAAGGGUGCUGAAUGAAAAGGGUGACUAAACAGUGCAUCACUAGCGCUCCCUCAGGACGUGGAGAAUCUAAAAGACCAUCAAAAUGUAUGCUUUAUGCAUAUUGGGAAAACUGAAGAGGAGAGUUUCUGUCACUGAAUGUGACCCCUCCCACUCUCCCCUCUCUCUCUCCAUAGCAUGGCAGUAACCUGAUCGGUAUGUCUGACCUGAAUGUCCCUGAGCAGCUCUACCAGUACAUGGUGGGGGGGCAUCGACGCACCCACGCCGGCAUCAACAGAGAAAAACACAAAUCCCCCAGCUACCAGAUCAAGGUAAAGGGGGAAAAAAGUGACCAGCAAGACAACUUUCCUCACUUGUAGGCCUACUGUCCGUCAGUUGAUCCCCAGCUAACAUAUCAACGUUUUUCCUGAAGUCACGAAACCAAGGUCUGACAGAAUACACUGCCCAGAGACUUUAAUGUCCCAAGUGUGAGGGUUUCUGGUUAUUGUCUCAGGUUUUAGGUUUUUUUUUUUAUGUCCCUGUUCUUCAUGACAGGAGGGUGACACCAUCAACGUGGAUGUCACCUGUCCUGGAGCGACCCUAGCCCUGGCCAUGAUCUACCUGAAAACCAACAACAGGUGAGAAUGGAUUCCACCACCACCACUCCUAUUCUCAUAUUAGAUUAGCCUUUAACGAGACGCAAUGUCCUAUUCUAUUAUACUUGACUCCACUCAGCAUGCUCCCUGUAAGUAAUGGACUCGGAGAGAUUCAAUCUAAUCUUACACGGUGCAUCACAGCACAUCUUGACCCCAGCGCUGCAGCACAUACCUUAUAACUGAAGAAGUGAUUUUGUAUCAACUGGUUCUGUUCUCCUAUUGUACAAUUGGCUCAGGCUGCCAUUAACACCUCUUUCUCACCCCCUCACAGGUCUAUCGCUGAUUGGCUGAAAGCUCCUGACACCAUGUUCCUCCUGGACUUCAUCAAACCAGAGUUCCUGCUUCUCAGGGUGAGUCGGUGCAGAGAAUCUCAGCUACUGUAGCCACCGUGUACUGGCCACUACAGACCUGCCUUAUUCACUAUGCCAGACCCCCUGAGCUCUCUCUGUAGAUGUGACUUGGCCCAUACAUGAUGUACAUAUAUAUAAUUCAAAAUGUCUGAUCCAGUACCCUCACACAUUAUCACUGUCUCCUCUCCCUCCUCAGACACUGGCCAGGUGUAUCAUCAUGUGGGAUGAGAUUCUACCCAACUCUGAGUGGGUGAGCAGCAAUGUGCCUCAGGUAACUGCCCUGAAUAUGCACACAUGCAUGAACACCUCAGCUCAUUAGACACGAGUCACUGCCAGCACAAACCUCUACUCAGGACAAGUGGUAAUAUAAUUUCGGCCUCAGGUUCUUGGGGUCAGUCCAUAGACAUUAGAGGUUUCGAUCCAACACACUUAAUGUUGUUAGUUUGUCAUACUGUGUGAUGAACUUGUUAAUUAAUGACAUCAGUGCUAAUAAGGAAACAAGUUUCAAUCCUCAAAUGACUCUUUACUGCCAAUAGGAUAAGACUGAGGCAACAAGGCUCAAUUACAUUUCCUGCAUCUAGACCCAUUUAUACGUCAACAAGAUCAAAUUAGUUAAUAUCCCCAAAACAAUGAAAGCGAUGAUUAUAGAAUCAAAGAUCGGUUUGCUUUGUUUUUCAUCCAGAUAAUCCAAGAGAAUAUUGGGAACCCAGUGGUUUCGGAGGAUUUGAACAUGGAAACUUUGGCGUGAGUACAAACUAACUUUACUACAAGUUUCCUUAGCUCUCUCCGCAUGGCUGGAUAUGAGACAGUCCCAUAAUGAUGUGUGUGAUGACUCCUGUCCUCAGCCAAGCCCAUGACUACAUAAUCGCUGGAGCAUGCAUGGCGGUGGGAUUUCGCUUCGCUGGCUCGGCCAACUCUGACGCAUUCGACUGCUUGGUAAGAAGCGCAAACUUCAAAAUAAGUUAGUUAUUUGGCUAGUUCGUCUGUAACCCUUCUGUUUCUCUCACAGUACAAGUUUGCAAGGAGCUUCAUGCAGUGUUUGACAUCAGCGACAGCGACGGUUGUAAGUUGCACUGCUUUCAUACUUCUACCCAACCAUAAUGUCAAUUUUAAGCCAAUAGAAUACGGUCAAGCUCAAAGUUUGCAUCCAAAUCACCACAACCAAUUUUCUCUAUUACGUUGACACUUUCUGCGUAUGUGUAAAUCUGUGUCUCUGUGUGUCUCCUCUGCCAGACGGGCCACUAUAACCUGCAGACAUGUCUGAGCAUGGUGCUGCUGGCCCUGUCCAUGGUGAUGGCUGGCUCUGGUAACCUGAAGGUGCUGCAGCUCUGCCGCUUCCUCCACAAGAGGACCAGUGGAGAGAUGAACUAUGGCUUCCACAUGGCCCACCACAUGGCCCUGGGCCUGCUCUUCCUGGGAGGAGGAAGGUGAGACAUGUUUCCACAACAGAUUUCAACUAGCCUUCCCUUUGGUCAUAGCUGACAGAAAUAUUGCUUGUACUGUCUUUUGCAUUGAAAGUAAGUAAAACAUAAUCCAGUCAAGGGAUAUUUUACCUUUUCACCUGUCAUUUGUAUCCGUAUGGAUAUGGAUUGUAUGUUUUGCUACAGACUUAGAUAAUGGAACAACACGUGUAUAAUGAGCGGACGUGUGAGGGGAGUCCGGUUAUGUAAGUGUUCUUCAUAACAAAUAGUUCAAAUAUCCCAGGGCUAUGCAAACGGUGACUAUGGUGUAGCUAUUUUUAUGUAACAAUACUCAUUACUGAUGCUAAAUCUGCCUCCUUAUCAACAUUUACUGUUCAAACCCUUUGAUUUUAGACUUGCUGUCUUAUUUUAGGGCUGACAAUUGCAGGCCCAGAACUUCAAGGUUGCAAUUUGAAUGGCCUUAUUGUAGUAUUCUCAGCCUAUUCUUGCCAUCAACAUACGCCUGCAUAAGGAAAGAUUGUAGAGGGGAGCAGACACAUGGCGUCUUUCCUUUAAUCUCUUCUUUCACUCACUCAAUCUCUUUCUCUCUCUCUGGAUGUGGUCUGUGGAGAGCUAUUUCAUCCUGCAUAGUAACCAAUCACCAUACAGCCCUGCCAGUCUGGCUCUCAUCAUGGAACCUGAAGUGAAACAAUUAUCUUCUCAUUUUGUGUAGCUACAGAGUUCAGCAAGUGAGCCUAGUCUCAGCAUAGGGAAUGGGUCAAUUCAAACAUAGAAAUAUUGCUCAGGGACAGGUUUCUGAAAAUGAAUUUGAGAAGAGCUAAAUGAACAGCCAUUCUCUGUGAAUAUGUUACUCUACAGUUCAAGAUGAGAUCAGUGUUGAGCAAACAGAGGUUGACUGUUGCUCUCUAUGUUUGUGGGUCUUGUUAUCAAGCUGACUCGUGUAGUAAAUAUAGUGCUGUUUUUUCACCUCUGUCUGUAAUACACUUCGUAAAAACAGGAACAUCCCAGCCACUUCUCUUUAUCUGUUGCCAUGGAGACUGGAUGAGUGGCAGCUCGUGGGUUGAGAACUAAUCUCUUCAGUUGGUAUUUUAAGAGGAGGCGAGGCAAUGCCUGCCCUACACUAACCUAAACAAGUGAUUUUUCUCUCCAAGCCGACACAAUGGUCUGAACCAGCCUAAGCACACACUUAAGAGCAGCCAUUCUUUUUUUAAAGUAGGGCUUUUAUGAGCACAAAUGACGUCAGGUGCCUAGCAAUUCAAAACUGUUUUGCCCUGGCCAAAUUCGUCAUUUGUUCUUUGGACCUAUUCACAAAAGAAGGAUUCUAUUGGAAUAUGUGCCAACAUCAACACUGAUGUGAUGUGCCUGUUUGUUUAAAUGUAUGUCUGUAUCCAUGAUGUAGUGGUCUGAUGUUAUCCCAUUGUCUUCUCCCAGGUACACUCUCAGCACUUCCAACUCAGCAAUCGCUGCCUUGCUUUGUGCUCUCUACCCCCAUUUCCCUGCCCACAGCACAGACAACCGGUAAGACACACAACCUCAGGAAAUACAACAAAUAGGUACAGCUUAUCAGAGCUCUAAAAUGGCAGGACAGACAGUGUUCUAAAGUAAAGCAUAGACUUUCAAUGGCCAUAAUGAAUUUGGGGGGUGGACUGUUUGAAGGUAUUGCUGUUUUGAGCUGUAGAUUUUAAGAAUUGAAAAAUGGGGCGUGAGACGGGGAGGGAGUGUUACAUGAGGCGAGAUAAGAAAGUCCAUCAGAGCUUCUACUGACAGAGCUGUAAAAGUCAAGAGCUCUAAGUCAAUGACCAUAAUUAAGAGUAGUUAAAGCAUACCAUAUAGAUGAGGGCUAUUCAGUUCCGGCCCUCUCGUGUUGAAGUAUUGCAGAUUUUUCUUUUCGACCUGCUAGUUGAUUUAUCAAUUGAUUUGUAAUUGAUUAGACAAUGUUCACUCAUCUGGUCAGUUCCGGCCGGGUCUGACUCAGUUGUUGAUUGAAUCAAGUUGAUUUGAUUUAGAAGGAAUGGGUGAAAAGCAGCAAUGCUGUGGCCCUCCAGGACCUUCAUUGAGUGUCCCUGUGUGUGAACUCUGUGCUUCAGGUACCACCUGCAGGCUUUGCGUCACCUGGGAGUCCUGGCGGCUGAGCCUCGUCUGCUGGUCCCAGUCGAUGUGGACACACUGAAACCCUGCUACGCCCUGCUGGACGUCACCUACAAGGUAUUCAACUCAAUGAAUUAGUCCCCAGUCAAAAUACAACCUGUUGAGGCCGAUGCGUGGUCAUAACGCCCAGUUACUGUCAUCCUAGCUCUGUCUGCUAUGACCUUCAUAUGUGAUACCUUUAAGAUGAGUCUGACUCAUUCAUUCUGAAUUAACGCCAUGUGUUAAAUCAAUCACUGGAGACCCAUGAACUUGAAAAUGAUUAAACUAAACAGGUGUUCAUAGAGGGGAAGUUAACAUUUUGGAAUGCACUUCCCAGUUUCAGUUUUGCACGUACACAUCUGAUCCUUCACUACAGAGCUGAUUGGUACAUUGCGCACUUGUAUUAGUAAGAGGCAAUAGCAGAAGUUUAAGCUACAUGCAAUACCUCAGAAUUUGGCCCUGCUAAUAGUAGUAACAAUAAGCAACUGUUGACUUCCCUGUUUUGAAUAGUGAUCUUGUUACACAGGAGAACUCAAGUUGAACCUUUUCGCUCUCAUUUACUGAAAGCGUCAUAGGUGUCUGACUAAGCGCUCUCUUUUGUCAUAAAUGUUCCUGUGAACAUAGCCGUUGUUUGUUGUCACUUCCUCUACUUAGCCUUAUUUGGGGAGGCUUUUGUACUGUAUGUCAUUUCAUUAUUAGCCUAAAAUGGCAUUACAUGCGCACUGUUAAAGGAAAAAUCCAUUCAAAAACUUUAAGGUAUUUUGCUCAUUAUUCCACUGUUGAUCCAGUACCAAAAUGUGUUUGUUGCAUGUCAGCAGUCAAGUUUCCAAGAUAUUGGACUUUCAAGAAGCAAAGUGUCACAUGAUGAUGUGGCAAAGUGUCACUUCGCUUCUUCAAAAUCCAAUAUCUUGAAAACUUGACUGCUGACAUGCAAAACAUUUUGGGACUGUAUCGACAGUGGACUAAUGAAAAAAAUUGCAAAAGAUAGUUUUGGAGUGGAGUUUUCCUUGAAGUUCUGCUAAAGGUUGGUUUUGCGGGUUCACCAUGAAGUGCUCCUUAUUUCAGUUACUCGAGAACAGCAGAGGGAGAGACAUGCUGCACACAUCGAUUAUAAUGACACACCAUGCAUGUGUGCAAUCACACACUUCAUCUCUGUGCUGUCUGCACGUACACACACAGCAUAUUUCGAAAUGUCUUUGUUCACUAUGAUGUUGCAUGCAGCACACGUGUACAUGAUUUUAAUGUGUAAAUGGUGAAUUUACAUUUUCUUUAUUUUGUGCACACAGCUUUAGUCCAUGUUUCAGUUCAUUUGUUUCUGUGUUAAUUUCUUCAUGAAUGUCUUCAGAGCAUAUUUAUUGUGUUUUUCUCCUUAUCAGGAGACUCCGUGGUAUGAAGAGACUACAGUGGAGUUGAUGGCCCCCACCAUGUUGCCUGAGCUGCAGCUCCUCAAAAAGGUAGAAGAAAAUGUAGGACUUUAUCAGACAAAUGUAGUCAGGCUGCACAAUCAUUCUGCUAGUUUAGUCUUGUCAAGCAGGAUGGUUGAUGUCAACAUUAAGAAUUACAAACAUUUUGUUUGAAAAUGAGUAAUGCAAUUUGUCAGUGUAUGCAAUUGAUACGCUUUUCUUACUUCCUCUUUAUAACAAAGUACAGGGAAAGGUCACUUAGGAUGGUCAAACUCAACUAUUACAAGAAAAUCAUAUAUUUUUCACAUUGUUCUCAAAAUAAAGUUGAAAAGAUGAUUGGCUGACCUACUUGUUUUAAUGUGCUUACAGAUUAAAGUAAAAGGACCAAGAUACUGGGAGCUGUCCAUAGACAUGAGUAAAGGGACUCGACAUCUAGAGUAAGUCCACCACUUGUCUGUGAAAAGUUUCUGGCCCAAUGUACAUGUUCAUAUCAUGAUAUCUCUGUGGGUGAGAACUUAGCAGGUCAAUGCCCUUUGAUGUCUUUACGAUACAGAGAGUUUGUGAUGUGCUGCAAUAAUGGGUGAUAAUGGCAGCACAUUGUUAUGUCUAUCCUAACAGGUGACCCAAAAUGUGUGUUCCUGUGUAUUUGACUAUAUAUUUCUCUAUAUAUGUGUUGUAGGUCCAUUCUGUCCCGAGAUGGGGUUCUGUAUGUGAAGCUGCGUGCGGGUCAGCUGCCCUAUAAGGACGACCCUCGGGGUUGGAAGAGUCUAUUAGCCCCCAAUGUCAACAACAGGAACUCAGAAGUCCGCACAUUCAAGGUACAAACAUCCUGGCCCUCCGAUUACACAAAACUGGACAGUCUGGACAACAGUCCAAACCUUUUAUGGUGCAAAAAAGCUACAACAUGUUUCUACAUUAGUGCUACUUUAGUACUAUAUUAAUAUUGUAUACAUAGAAAGUUCAGUCAUACUUUACCAUACAGGUCAUAUGGUCUAUUUGAGAAGGUCUGGUCACACAAAUGUCUUAGGUGGCAAAGGUCCUGUUGAGUAUGGCUGGCAUACAUAGACCAGUACACACAUGUAUGUCAACGUUGAGGAAAUUGAAUAGCUGAAAUCAAUAUAACAGACCUAGUAUAAUGAGUCUCAUUCAUGCUUCAGAAAGGGCCUAAAAAUAGGUUAUAUUGAUGCUCAUAUAAUCCCAGUAUAACAAGGAGUAGUCACGUGACAUCACUCUGGAGUGGCGGAACGAAACCAAUAUUUCUUGACAGUAUGUGUGACCACUUACUUCCCUGUGCACUCAAUGUCAACCUCCGUACCUGCCUAUGACCCAAUAGCCUUCUCAGUCAAUAUGUCCCACUAGAUGCAAUACAGCAUCCCUCAUUGGAAACCUCCCAUAGCCUUCAGUGUGAGUGCCUCCCUUAGGCACGAUCAGCAGACCUUGUUGUAGCACGUUUUUUUUUCUCCCACAGCCCGAGGCCAUCUCAACCUUCACCUCUGACGCUGCCUUGGUCUCCUUUGCUGAAUACUUCUGUAAAGCCUCGGAGAGUGUGAAACAUGUGAGUUCAUUAGCAGAGUAUGGUGCAGCAGGAGGCACGUAGCAGCUAUAGUUUAACAUUCAAACACGGAGCCUACACAAAGGAAACAUUUGACUUAGACUGCCUAUGUCUCUCCCCUUGUGAAUGCACUUGUUAAUAAUUUGAAUCCCAUUUCCACCAGGUACAUAUUGCAUCAGUAUAUAUAAUUGGAGAUGUUGGAGAUUUUAUUUUUUGAAUACACUGAAAUUGAAGGAGAUUGGUUCUAUCCUUUUGUUCAUGAUUUUAUUUCAAUUAUUGAAACCUAUUUUAUAAUUCCAAAGUUUUGUUUCUGAUUGUUCAAUUGAUAAGCUCGCACUGAAUGGCACUUAUAUUUACUGUUGUUGUCUUUGUCCAGAAACAGGACACUUUGGCCUUAUUCUCUGCCAUUCUAUAUGAGUGUGUCACUCAGGAGAACCCUGAGAUGCUGCCUACCUACAUCGCUAUUGAUCAGGUAAGAAACAUAGAAAUGACUCAUACAUUAGCAACAGUGGUCUCCAACCCUGUUCCUGGAGAGCUAACCUCCUGUAGGUUUUCGCUCCAACCCCAGUUGUAACUAGCCUGAUUCAGUUUAUCAACAUGCUAAUUAUUAGAAUAAUGUGCACUAAAUUAGGGUUGCCGUAAAAACGUACAGGUCGGUAGCUCUCCUGGAACAGGGUUGGAGAGCCCUGAUGUACAUGCUCCCACUCAUAGAAUGCAACUGUAUUACUGUUAGUUAAAGAUGCGCUAUGCAGAAAUUGCUCUGCCAUUUCCUGGUUGUUAAAGUUCUGAUAGUUCGCCUAAUUUCAGUUUAAGUGACAAAACAAGCAAGUAUAGUGUAGAGAAUCAUUCACCAUCUAAACUGCUGUGAAAUAUAUUUUCCAUAACCAAAAGUAAAAGACUCAAAAAACCUAACUUAAGCAUGGAAAGCAUAGAAACAGCGUACAUAGAACAUAUAUACCGCUUCUUAUACUUGCUUUCAAUGAGAAUGACAGAUCUAUAAUAGUUUUCAUAGAUUUACUUUUCCCAAUGCAAACUGAUGUCAUUUCAAUGUGCUCUCGAUUGUAUUUCUCCAAUGUCAUCUCCUAGUGUGUGUGUUGACUGUUUUCUCCCCCAGGCGGUACGAACCCUGGCGCAGACGGAGAUGUGUGAGACGUUUGCUCUGUGGCAGAUGAGACUAGUGUUGGAGCUGUGUGAGAGCAGGGUGCUGCAGCCCAGACUGAGGGAGGGGGCACAGGGCAGGGGGCUGCUGCUCAGCUCUGAGUUCCUGCCUGUCAUGAAGAACUCUGCCGAUGGCACCCUGGACCGCUGGCUCACUGGUGAGCAGUCUCAACACAUUGGGAGAGGCACAGAGGAUAGACUGUUAACACAUCAAUUUGAAUGAACUGUACAUUUGAAUGUAAACAGUACAGUUUGUAGAAGUGUGUACCUGUAUUGUGACACACAGUUCCCGUCAAUGGGACUGUACGUGCCAGAACAUGUCUUUGGGUGUGACAACUGUAAAGACGUGGGAAACAUGGGAGGUUGCUAUGGCAGGCUUUCUUUCUCAAUAAAUAUUGGCAAGUGGCAACCAUCAAUAGAAAACAGAUUAUGUGAUAGUGUUACAUUAGGAAUAAAUCAAAUAAAAAAUAAAAAACAUUGUCACAUGCGCCGAAUACAACAGGUGUAGACAUUACCGUGAAAUGCUUAUUUACAAGCCCUUAACCAACAAUGCAGUUUUAAGAAAAUAGAGUUUAGAAAAUAAAAAUAAUAUUUACUAAAUAAACUAAAGUGAAAAAAACGUUUUAAAAAAAGUAACACAAUAAAAUUACAAUAACGAUGCUAUAUACAGGAGGUACCGGUACCGAGUCAAUGUGGGGGGGUGUCAAUGCAAAUAGUCUGGGUGGCCAUUUGAUUAAUUGUUCAGCAGUCUUAUGGCUUGUGGGUAGAAGCUGUUAAGGAGCCUUUUGGACCUAGACUUGGCGCUCCGUUACCGCUUGCCGUGCGGUAGCAGAGAGAACAGUCUGACUUGGGUGAUUGCAGUCUUUGACAAUUUUUGGGGCAUUCCUCUGACCGCAUAGUAUAUAGGUCCUAAAUGGCAGGAAGCUUGGCCCCAGUGACGUACUGGGCCGUAUGCACUACCCUCUGUAGUGCCUUAAGGUCGGAUGCCGAGCAGUUGCCAUACCAGGCGGUGAUGCUCUCGAUGGUGCAGCUGUAGAACCUUUUGAGGAUCUGGGGACCCAUGCCAAAUCUUUUCAGUCUCCUGAGGGGGAAAAGGCAUUGUCUUGCCCUUUUCACGACUGUCUUGGUGUGUUUGGACCAUGAUAGUUUGUUGGUGAUGUGGACACCAAGGAACUUGAAACUCUCGACCUGUUACAUUACAGCCCCGUAUGUGAAUGGGGCGUUUUCGGCCCUCCUUUUCCUGUAGUCCACGAUCAGCUCCUUUGUCUUGCUCACAUUGAGGGAGAGGUUGUUGUCCUGGCACCACACUGCCAGGUUUCUGACGACCUCCCUAUAGGCUGUCUCAUCGUUGUCAGUGAUCAGGCCUACCACUGUUGUGUCGUCAGCAAACUUAAUGAUGGUGUUGGAGUCGUGCUUGGCCACGCAGUCGUGGGUGAACAGGGAGUACAGGAGGGGACUAAGCACAUACCCCUGAGGGGCACCCGUGUUGAGGGUCAGCGUGGCAGAUGUGUUGUUGCCUACCCUUACCACCUGGGGGCGGCCCGUCAGGAAGUCCAGAAUCGAGUUGCAGAGGGAGGUGUUUAGUCCCAGGGUCCUUAGCUUAGUGAUGAGCUUUGUGGGCACUAUGGUGUUGAACGCUGAGCUGUAGUCAAUGAACAGCAUUCUCACAUAGGUGUUUCUUUUGUCCAGGUGGGAAAGGGCAAUGUGGAUUGCGAUUGAGGUUGCGUCAUCUGUGGAUCUGUUGGGGCGGUUUGCGAAUUGGAGUGGGUCUAGCGUUUCUGGGAUGAUGGUGUUGAUGUGAGCCAUGACCAGCCUUUCAAAGCACAUCAUGGCUACCGGCAUGAGUGCUACGGGGCGGUAGUCAUUUAGGCAGGUUACUUUCGCUUUCUUGGGCACAGGGACUAUGGUGGUCUGCUUGAAACAUGUAGGUAUUACGGACUCGGUCAGGGAGAGGUUGGAAAAGUCAGUGAAGACACUUGCCAGUUGGUCGGCACAUGCUUUGAGUACACGUCCUGGUGUAAUCCAUCUGGCCCAGCGGCCUUGUGAAUGUUGACCUGUUUAAAGGUUUUGCUCACAUCGGCUACGGAGAGUGUGAUCACACAGUCAUCCGGAACAGCUGGUGCUCUCAUGUAUGCUUCAGUGUUGCUUGCCUCGAAGCGAGCAUAAAGGCAUUUAGCCCGUCUGGUAGGCUCGCGUCACUGGCCGGCUGGGUUUCCCUUUGUAAUCCAUAAUAGGUUGCAAGCCCUGCCACAUCCGACAAGCGUCAGAGCCGGUGUAGUAGGAUUCAAUCUUAGUCCUUUAUUGACGCUUUGCCUGUUUGAUGGUUUGUCUGAGGGCAAAGCAGGAUUUCUUAUAAGCGUCUGGAUUAGUGUCCCGCUCCUUGAAAGCGGCAGCUCUAGCCUUUAACUCGGUGCAGGUGUAGCCUGUAAUCCAUGGCUUCUUGUUGGGAUAUGUACGUACGGUCACUGUUGGGACGACGUCGUCGAUGCACUUAUUGAUGAAGCUGGUGACUGAGGUGGUAUACUCCUCAAUGCCAUUGGAUGACUCCUGGAACAUAUUCCAGUCUGUGCCUGCAAAACAGUCCUGUAGUGUAGCAUCCGCAUCAUCUGACCACUUCCGUAUUGAGCGAGUCACUGGUACUUCCUGCUUUGUUUUUGCUUGUAAGCAGGAAUCAGGAGGAUAUAAUUAUGGUCAGAUUUGCCAAAUGGAGGGGGAGGGAGAGCUUUGUAUGUGUCUCUGUGUGUGGAGUAAAGGUGAUCUAGAGUUUUUUUCCCUCUGGUAGAAAUGAGGUAAAACAGAUUUAAGUUUGCCUGCAUUAAAGUCCCCGGCCACUAGGAGUGCCGCUUCUGUAUGAGCAUUUUCUUGUUCGCUUUAUGGCCUUAUACAGCUCGUUGAGUGCGGUCUUAGUGCCAGCAUCAGUUUGUGGUGGUAAAUAGACGGCUACGAAAAAUAUAGAUGAAAACUCUCUUGGUAGAUAGUGUGGUCUACAGCUUAUCAUGAGGUACUCUACCUCAGGCGAGCAAUACCUCAAGACUUCCUUAAUAUUAGACAUCGUGCACCAGCUGUUAUUGACAAAUAAUCAGGUCCAUUCCAUGAUUGCAUCUGACGUGUGUGUGAAACCCCUCCCCCGUCUCCACAGAUAACAGCCAUGUGUUGAGGUCAUACAUGAGUGGCCAGUCCCUUACUGAGGACAUGCUGUCCAACAUGCUGGCGUGCUUCCUGGUUUACCACUCCAUCCCCUGCCUCAGUAAGAUGUCUGCCACACACCUGGAAGGUAAACAACUGUUAGCUAAAUGUUGUCGUUAGAUUUACGUUUAGUUUGAACCUAACAUGUUUGACUAUGGUGGUCUCUCUUUUGGCUGACUGCUGGAUUCUUAUCUGACUCCUUUUGUGUCAUGUGUGGAGAAGUCAUGUCUCACUCAUGUCUCUACCAAUCCGCUCACCUGGUUCCACAGGAAGUACAUCAUUCCCUGAGCUCCUGUUGAAGUUCAGUCAGCUGGGCAUCCCUGUACGCGCCCUGCUGCGUUUGGGCCCUCUGCUCCUAGGGACUGCAGGCUUCUGGACCGGACAACUGGCCUGUUGAUAUUACCCUGACCUUUGACCUCUAACCUUGGUCUCUGACUUUACCCUGGUCUUGACCCACAAGGGUCACUCUGUACUGCUUGUUGCAGCUCGCAAGAAAUGGACCUGAUAUGAUAUAACAUUUCAUUGUAAAGGCUUUCUUGAUACAGAUGGUAUGUCAAAUGUUUGUACUGUACUUAUGUUUGUAUUCAAUAUAUAAUAAUGCAGUAAAUAAAAUGUGAUUUGAGACUAAUGUUAGUGUAAGUGACAAGUAUUUGCACUGAAUGUAUUUAAAGGUAAAGCUAUUAACUAUCAUGGAUGUGAAUGACCAAGCAUUGUACAUGUUAUUUUGGCUAACUCUGUGUGGUUGCAGUGUUGCCAUUUUGUAUUUUCCAUUACAAGAGACGUUCCGGCACUGGAUACAGUCUAGACUGUUACCUUAAAUUAAUUAUCAGAAAAGUUGUUCCGGAAAAGUUGUUCAGAUAUUAGUUUAGUCUCUGCAGUAUGUGUUGGGAGGUAGUGCGUGGGCUGUGGUGCAACAGAAUGCAUUGGCCUGAGCUGUGAUCUGACAACAUAACUGCUCUGGGAACAUUCCACAGUAUAAUGGAAAACAUCCUGCAACAAAUACCACACCCACUUCACCCCAUACAAAUCUGUUUUCUUUUGGCCCUGUACAGUGCAUUCGGAAAGUAUUCAGACCUCUUCCAUGCAGCAAAUAACCUUCGCAUCAUGUAAAUAAGGUAUUUCUGUUUUUUGUUUGUAAUAAAUAUGCAAACAUUUCUAAAAACCUGUUUUUACUUUGUCUUUAUGGGGUAUAAUGUGUAGAUGUUUUUUUGUUUUUUUCAUCAGUCAAUUUUAGAAUAAGGCUGUAACGCAACAACGUGGAAAAAGACAAGAGGUCUGGAUACUUUCCGAAUGCACCGUAUACCCAAAUAGCUUUGUGUCCUCAUCUUGACCAUGUUAUACAGGGCCUAGCUGUUUGUGUCCCCAUGGUAUACAGUCAUGCUCUAAAAAAACUACUUUGGCAAUAGCUUUUUUGUGGCAUCUGU